UGUAGUCACGUGAUAUUAAACAGGUCAAGAUGGCGGAUCCUUCUCUUUGUGGUAUGUUUUCUAGUCUAAAAUAUUUCAAUGUUAUAUUGGCCGAACUCAUUAAACUAUGGGCAUAUUCCUUUAAAAUUUUAUUCUAGUGUACAACCUCUAUAUUAUUAUAAUGAACACUAUAAUUUUAGCGAUACUCUUUACGCUAGAAAACACACUACACUUGACCUGCCUAAACUUAAUAAACACUAUGGCACUAUGGACCAUAGAUUAUAGUUUAUAGAUGGAGUACUAUUACUAUGACUUAAACGGCCUCUUGCGGACAGUCCCGGACUGUGAUCUGGGCUGAUAUUAAGGAGGGAUGCCACGGUGUCUUUUGUGUGUUUAUUAUAGUUGCAGUGAAUUAGGGUUUAGAUUAGGUUGAGGGAUCGAUUUAGGGUUCAGGUUAGGCAUAGGGAUCGAUUUAGGGUUUAGGGGAUCUAUAUUAUUUAGUAUUUAGGGAUACAUUUGUGAAAUUCGAUUAAAAUGUGGCAUUGGUCAUUGGUCCUUAAAAUUUACCGAGUGUGGACUGUGGAGUUACGUCGUGUGUUGGGACUACGUGUGUUGUGUUUGUAGACUCGACUGAAUCGUGUUUGAGUUGUAGACUUGACUGAAUUAUACUUUAUCUAUAGACUUAAUAAUAAUAAUAGUGUAUAGUAUAGGCUUCUAUAGGCAUAGGCCCUACUCAAUCAAUAGGACAAUAGUAGGCAAUCCUUCGAAGUCCGGUCCCAAAUUAUUUCGUAUGUAAAAAAAUUGCAAUGCACAGUGUGUAUUGUUAAAAAGCAGCAGUAAUGUCAGUCAUAGUUUUUGCAAAUAACAGCCAGUUUACAAAUCAUUGAGUAAAUACUAAAUAUUGUAAUUGGUGCAUAGCAUUUGCAAAUAGCAGCCAAAAACGUUCUGCUUGUGAUUGUUGCGCCACUGAAAGGCCCCCCCAAGUAGCUGGCAAACAGAUCGCGACUAGUCCCACUCUAAUAGCGGAGUUUACGCUCUGCUUGCAUCCAAAGUCAUUCAAUAUUUUCUGUGUCAAUGUCCUGGUCUACUGUCUACUGGGUCAAAAAAUUCACGCGCAUGCACAAUGACUGCGUGAGCAUCAAUCCCGUUGUUGAGUUGACCGACAUUCUGAUAUCCUCGCCAAGCGUCCUCCGUGACGGUAGUUGUUCCUGGUAACACGUGAUUAGUGAUAAUGCGCUCUAGUGUUUGUGCAUCUCGACGGCCAACAACAUCCACCCAACAUCGUCCACUACCGCAAACAUGAAUUUUAAGACAAAAUGAUGCCUAAGACUUUUAAGUAAGGAGUAUUCAUUGGAAAUAAUUUGGGACCGGACUUCGGAGGAUUGCCCAAUAAUAGGUACUUGGGUAAAAUUUUCGAAAUUAAGUUAAAGCUUUAAGAGCUAGUUGGUUAGAUAGGGCCUGAAAAAUGUAAUUCAUUGAUACCAAAUUUAUGUUUGUAGGUCAAUUCUAAAGAAAGUUAUGAAUUUUUUCGUGCAUUAUUUUGGGAUAACUCUUUUAAUUGAGACAUAUGGGAAAAUAUAAAAGUGACUAAAAUAAAAAUUGGACAGAGAGUUGGGAGAGAUGUUAAAAAAGAGCAGUAAAUUGAAGUUAUUUAAUGAAUUAAUUAAUUAAUGAAGAUAAACAUAACAAACCAUAUAUAUCCGUGAUCGUCGUACCAUUAUUCAAACAGAUGUUAUAUAAUAAAUUCUACAGUACGCAAGAUGAGCUCAUUAAUAUUCUAAAUGGCCGUAAAAUUUCCAUAUGUCGUAUUUGAAUAUGAACCCAAGGUGAACAAUAUUCUUCAAAAUAUAGGGUCAUAUAUAUCAAAUUGUUUGUAUUGAAAAGGGGAAAAAUAAUAAGUAGCAUAUGGAAGGGUGAACCAAUGUGUCCAUUAAAAAAAUUAAUUUAUUUUAUAUCUCCGAUAGCAAAUCAAAAUUUGAAAUUAAAUGUAAAAUAUGUAGAUUAUAGUAGGAGUUUUUCUUGCAUGGGGCUAUCUUUCAAUUCUAUAGUCUUUUUGCUAAGUGUAGCAUUAGUUUUUCAUAGAAUCCCUACAAUUAAAAAAGAAUUGUGCUGCUUCAAUUAUUGCCUAAAAAUUGCAAAUAUGAUAAACAUUAUGAUGUCAUUUGAUACGCCUUUAAACAAAUAAAACAAAGUAUUUUUGUGUGUCUGAAGCAUUUCAAAGUAUCAAUUUAUCUAAAUACUAAACAAAUCUGAAUUUUAAAUCUAUCAUGUAGAUAAAAUAUACUUUUCUUCAUAUUUCUAUGCUACAAAUGUGUCAAGAUAGCUUAGACCAAACUCCGUAAUAGGCCUAUUAUAUGGGAAGCGUUAUACGCAGUUGGCUGGGAAUUAGCCAAAUAAGGUUUAUUACCGCUAGUUUAGCAAUUUAAUAAAAAUUAUUAUGCAUAAUUAGCUGCUUUAUGGAUUGUUUUGAACUAUAACUUUUAAUGUGUUUAACGGAAAAUUUUAAUUAAUAUUGAAUGAUAGUAAUAGUAUUAGUGCUAUUAUUAGUAUUAUUGCUUGUAUCUUAUAUAUUAUAAGUCUAAGUCAAAGUCUAAAUUUCUUAGAGUCUAAGCUUUAGAAGAUGAUUUUUUAAAAGGCAUUUCCAUGGUCUAAGUCUGGUUCUGUAUUCUGAUUGAUUAGGUUUUUAUAUGUUGCUAUGACCUGACCAUGUCAUGUGGUUGGUUUUACUGACUGAUUCAGGAAAUACAUUCUAUUUAUUUUUUUAAAAAUUAUAUCAAUUAUGAUUUUUUUUUUUGGUGACCUAAAUGUAACAGUUUUCAGCUUCCAUGCAAAACUAUAACUGUGUGAAAGUAUUAAUUAAAGUGCUCCCUCUACAGAACCCCCUGCCCCUACAGCUAUUUUUUUUUACUGCUACUCUCCACUGACCACUCCUGAUUAUAAUUACUGUACCAGAGAAACAUGAUUUUAUCUGCCACAAAACUAGUUAACAACACAAAAAAUAUGUUAUCAACACAAACAUAUAUUAUGAUAAUCAUAAGAAUAACAUUAACAUUAUUAACAUUACAUUGGUUAAUAAUUCUUAUCAGGUUUUGACAUUUUUUAGCCAAAACAAAAGUUAAAAAUAAGGCUAACUUUAUUCUCGAGAACAAACAUAACACCUAACACGUACAUUCAUGACUGGCCUUUGGCUGGAAUUGAGCUCCUGACCACCAACUUGAGGUUUGCUCAGUUAAUACUAUUCGACCACCCGGUCACACUGGUAACGAGGCACCUUUAUCGAUCGAUAGUGUAACACAGGAAGAAUAUAGACCUCACGUGACUGCUGACUGCCUUUAACUCUCAGGGUUAUACGCAGUCGGCUGCGCAUAACCACUUCACUAUUAUAUAAGAGUGGAAGUUUCACUAUUUAAAUAAAGAAACAGAAUUAAAUAUCUAUUCAUAUGCCAUCUUUGUUAAUAAUAUUAACCUUAAAUAACUUAAAAUAGUGCUUUUAACUUUGUUUAUUAAUCAGAUUACUGAAGAUUUAAAAAAGAUUUGCUGAGAUGGAUUCGGCCAUCUUGAAAAUGAUAUCCAUGGAAGAAACGCCCAUGUGGUGACUGUUUUGAAAAUUUAAUAAAAUUGUUGGGGUAGGUUGGGGGGGAUCUUUAAAUUUGCCCACUCUUGUAGAUAAUUGGAUGCUCUAAACAGUGGUUAUCAUGAAAAUCGAGUCUGGUGGAGUCUCUACAAGAAAUGAAAUAGUAGACUUAGCUUAAUUCAACUUGAUAUUUAUAUCACGCAGGGAAAGUAUUGCCCAGUUCAUUGAUUACUAGUUACUAGUUCGUACUAGUGACAACAAUAACAUCCCUGCUUGAUAAUGAAUCCUGAAAGUUGAAAGAAGCUUAGGUGUAAAUUGCUAUUUGGAUACUUUCAAAGAUUGGGAAAAUGCCAUGAAUGCUUUUAAGAUUUUAAAUCACCAAACAAACCUAAACUCAACACCUGCCAUAAUUCCCAUAUAAACUAUCCAAAUUAUUGUCAAUUUUAAAUUCUAGAAAUUUUAAUGUCCAACUAUCUUUGUGUGUGCUGAUUAUUAUGAUUAUAUUUAGUAAUUAAAAUAUAGGCCUAAAUAUGUCUAUAAUUACCAUAAUAAUAGUUUUACUAUAUACAAAGUGUGCAUAUUAAAAAAAAUCGCUUUUGAGUCACAACGUUUGCACCCAUAUUUGCAACAUGGCUGUCAAUGGUAUUAGUAUUAGCACCCAAAGCUACAUUUCCACAGUGUUUUGACUUUUCUGGGCAAAGUUCCUCAGCCACCACCAACAAACAUUACUUCACUACUUCACAAUUUGUUUACAAUGUGCCAAUUUUAGCCAACAAGUAGGCAACUUUAUAACUGGAUUUAGUUAAGGAUCCAUUUUCAUUUGAGGAUUUAUUGAACAAUUUUCUCUGAGAUGUAAAUUGAUUUUGUAAUUAGAAAAAAUUUCGGCACAGACUUUAUCCUCAAAAGAUAAUAAUUGAUGGACCUUACUUUCAAACUGUGCAUGUUUCUCCUGAUGUUUACUUUGAUGAUGACGGUGCAGGUUGUAUUCUUUCAAUAAAGCCACGGUUUCAUUGCAUUAUAUAAUCUCAUUGACUGAACGGAAGUAGAAAACUAAGCAGCAAAUAAGCUUUUGCAAUGUAGUGAUCGGUUGGAAAACAUAAUACACUUCUGCCUCCAAUUUAAUUCGGUAAAAACAUAACGUCCACGUUAGCGGCGGGUGAUCUUGGCAGGACACGCGUAAAUUUCCGUAGACAAAAAGGACUCCACGGGCCGAAUGAGAGGGCCUCGCAAGCCGCAUGCGGCCCGCGGGCCAUAGUUUGGAGACCCCUGAUUUACACAAUUGAGAAUUUGUUGCCUUAUAAAGUGGUAAUAAGGGGAUAGACCGCAAUCAGGUUAGCAAAAAGGGAAAGAGUAAAACGUUCAUUUCAUGUGGUGUCAAGGUUCCAUAAGUAUGGAUAAGCUUCUUUUCCAAAUUCACUGCACAUUUACCCAAAUUUUGUAACAAAAGCCUAGAAUCAGAAGGAGUCAAGAUAGGCUAACCCUUAAAAACUAUAGCAUUGGUCUACAUUAUGAUUUUUUUUAUCAUCAUAACUAUAACAUUUGACAAAACAGACAUCACAUUCACAUACAGAAUCAAGUGGCACCUACACUCAUCUUUAAUUUUAAGUCAUUUAAUGAAAGUAAAAAAAAUAGCAUAGCCUAUUCAAAGUAUGAAAUGCAUAAUAGCAAAGUAUGUCGAAUUAUAUUUAUAACUACGUCUACAUUAAUUAUAUUAAGCGCUACAUUAAUUAAAUUCAUUCAUCAGUGUACUUAGAAUAGCUAGUUGAGCAUUUAUUUUCAAUUUUUGGUCUAUCACUGGUAUCGCUAUAUAUUUUUUGGCAAAAAAAAAGGGUUGAUAGCUAGUGUGUUAUGAAUUGGUUUAUAGCUGGGGUGGGUAGAGGGUUUUAAACAGGUUGGUAGCUAGAGUGCUAUAAAAGGAAUCCAAAGGGGUAGGUGGCAAGAUUUAAUUUUUGUGUUAUUAAUAUUAUUAUUAAAGUGGUUUUAUAGUGUGGUAAACCAGCCUAGGGCUAGGCUCAUCGCGCUUCUUAUAAAAAUUAGCAAAACGAAAGAAAGAAACAUGACAUUAAAAAACAGUUACAUAAAUUAUUCAUUUAAAAACUGCUGUGUAAAAAUAUUGACCUUGCCCACCCAAGUACUAUUAACCCCUGUGUUAUAGGCGUCUUGUUUACUUUCAUUCAUCUUUUCUGGUAAAUGAACUUAAGCUGACCGCAAGUUCGGCAGCACUUUUAGUGUGUGGCUAAUUAAAAAUAGUCUCCCUUGACCUCAAUUAAAAAUAAAUACAAUCUAUAGACUUUAUUAUUACUAGAAUACUUUAGGAUAUACUAGAUUGGUCGAGGCGCUUAUGCAAUGUGUAAGCCCUUUUGAGAGAUAUCUAUGAAACAGGCUAUAUAUAUACGCCUAGAGAGAUUGAGGGACAGGGAGAUCAGGCGAGAGAUAUUUUGGGAACUAUUACCAUAGAGAUUUUUCUGUAUGAGAUUUGCUUACUAGCAUUUGCUGUGUGUGUGUAGAUUCCUUUUCAUCAUUGUACCGGUACCUUUUUACAACAUUGUAUCUUCUUCAACAUUGUACCGGUACAAGCCAAUCAAUAUUCUGUAAGCCAAUAGCUUUAAUUUUAUUUUAUUUUAAUUUUGUAAUUCAUUGUUAAAAUUAUAAAAUUUAUUAAUUGUAAUUAGUCCUGAUUUGGGCAUUAUACUCUUUGUUAUUGUAUUUAACAUAUGGUAUCGUCUUUUGUUGUGUACUGUUUUAGAACAAGCCAUUUAAUUAAAUAAGAGAUUAAAUUCUCCAUACUGAUAACAAUGCGUAAAAAAAUAGUGGACUACUUGAAUCCAUAUUUGUAUUUCUUAUUACACUAAUAAUAAGAUAAUAAAUUGAGUGUUUGUCUGUUUGACCCAUUUUUCACUUUAAUAUACUCUGACUAAAGAUACCAUUUUAUGAUACUAGAUACUAAUAACAGAGCUAGUUACAAUUGUUUUAAAAUUCAAAUUUUAUAAGUUGGUUCAUUAAGCUUGAACAUUUAUAAAACCGAGUGUUAUAUUUGCCUGUGGCAAAAUGAAUUUUGAUGUUGAUAACCCAUCAUUUGAGUAUUAGACAAAUGUUCUAGAAAGUAGCUAUUAUCCAUUGCUAAAGAUUUAGGAAUAAGUGUAGCUCAUUCAGUGUCAAAAUAGAGGGUACGAGAUAUGAUCAUCGUCUACGUAGUGGAUGAGGACAUUUUGUCUGGGGAUGAACUGGCCUCAGUUACUCAGCCAAAUGUUCCUAGUAUGGAGCUCCAACUGAAGCUCAAACAAAAGGAGCUAGAUGCUCAGAGAGAGAAAGAUGAAAAAUAUAGAAAACUACAAAUAAAAUUAAAAGAAAGGAAAAUAAGGCAAAUUUGGAAGCAAUGGAAAAUAGACUCAUGGCUCCUGCCAAUCAGGGUUGCGAUGCAAUUUAAUUUGCACAAGUAAUACCUAAAUUUGCAGAAAAACAGGUUGACCAAUAUUUUGCACAGUUUGAAAUAACUCAAGAUUUUUAAAAUUCCUGGAAAUAUGAAGUGUACCUUACUGCAUUACUGCAGCCGCUCUGACGGGGCAGCCGAAUUUUUUGUGUCUUUGCACAUGGAACAGAGCGGGGACUAUAAGCUUGUAAAAUCCUUAAUACUUAAGGUUUAUGAAUGUGUCCCCGAAGCCUACCAUAAAAAUUUAGGGAGCUGUAGAAACGUGAUGGCCAAACUCAUGUCGAGUUCCUACAGGACAAGGAUGUCUCCUUGAGAAGUAGCUACACGCAAUGAACACCGACACAGACUUAAAAAAUUUCAAGAACCUCAUUCUGAUGGAGGAGUUCAAGAGUUGUGUGCAUGAAGAGGUACGAACACAUUGCAAAUCGUUGCGAAGGUGAUGCGCAAAUGGCAGCAGUGUUAGCUGAUGACUUCACCAUCUCACAUCAACUCUCAAAGAACCCAUUUGACACCAAAAAAGACAGGCACAACAGAGCAACAGCUGGACUAACCUCCACCAAAAUCAUACAAGCCCGGUACAAAAGAAACAUAUGCAAAAGACACAUGCUCCUACUGUAAAAACGGACAUAUGAGGGAUGUGGAACCUCAAGAAGAAAACUGAGAAGACCACACAUCCUAGUUCACCACACAAAGUCUCCACUUUACGUCUCGUCAUACAUCUGGAAACACAUUUUCAAAAUACUAAAGGUUUUGCUCACCAGAUGUCCAUACAAACUGCAAAGAGGUUUGUCACGACUCAUCAAAGAAUUUCAUUAUGAACAAUAAGACUAGUUUUACUGACUCCAGCCAAGUUCCUGCUUCGACUGAGAGUUUUAUGAGUUUUUCGCCAAGAUCCUUUUGCUCAAAGAAGAAGUCUACCCCCAGAGGGCAUCUUACCGAGGACUUGUGUGCAAGUUUUGACGACUCUACACAGAGUUUUACUUCCUCUACCCUAGCCAAAUGUUCUCAAGAUCCCAACAAGAGUUUACCUACCAGGGUCCAAAAUUCUACAUUCUAAACUACUUAUAUCAUACAAGACUUCAUGCCUUUCAUAUUCGAAGGUGUAUCACUGCCAGGUGAUUUUUUCCAGUCUCUAAUCAAUCAAACUUUUAUGAGAUACAGUUGUUUCACAGUCCUUACUACUUGAGGGUAUACUUCCAGUAUUAAACAGAAACUCAUCCCUCUCCCCCAUACACAGCGACGAGGCCAUGACAGGCUAUUCGGGCUCAGACCAGCAAGAAGCCAGUAUAGGAACUGCUCAUUCCUGCCCAAGACAAUCAGGGACUGGAACAAGCUUUCGAAAGGAACAGUUGAGGUGACAACACUAGACACAUUUGUGUCUAAUUUGUGUCUAUUGCCUCAAGCCUUCAAACCCCCAGUGCAUGAUUCCCUCACAAAGUGGCACUUGCAAUCAGUGAAAUUUCCUCGUUAACACCAGGCACAGAAACAUUGCAAAUCCCCUCUACGUACAUGGGAGCCAAAAUGAUAAAUAAAUUGAGAGUGGGCCCUUAAUAUAUAGAAGAAGAAGAAGAAGAAACUAUUGCUACUGGGAGCAACAUCCUGUUAUGAGGCAUUGAUGUACCUUUACAUCUCAUCAAUCUCAGAUCAUACCUUGUCUCUCGACCUGUGGUUGUGGGGAUCCGAUUAACGUUACCAUUGGACGGCAUCUUGUUGCUGCUAGGCAAUGACUUAGCUGGUGGGGAUGUGAUAGUCGAACCCAUCGUAACUCAUGAAUCUGAAUCUCAAGAAGAAGAUCCAGAAUGAAAUCCAGCAUGUGCUGUUACCAGGGCCAUGAGUUUCAAGAUCUCUGAAAAAGAGAUCUCACCAAUAAAGUCAAUCCUGACAUUGAUCUGGGAACAACCUUUUUGCCAGUCUUAAGGAAGAGUCAAAUGAUCACAAGACACCAACUCGAAUGCAGUUUAUUGAAGAGCAGAAGAAUGAUCCAGAAAUUUUUAAACUUUGAGAGAAUGCUCUGACCCAAGAAGAAGCUGAGCAAUUCCCUGUACGGCAUACUAUUACCUACAAGAUGAUAUACUUAUGAGAAAAUGGCGACCUCCAGACUCAAAAGCUGACAAAAAAUGGAGGAUAGUUCAUCAGAUAGUAGUUCUUACACUUUUCUGGAACGAAGUCCUGAACUUAGCCCAUGAUUCACCACUUUCAGGCCAUUUGGGAGUAAACAAGACAUAUCACAAAAUCACGUUGCACUUGUUUUGGCCCAAAAUCAAGAAAGAUGUGGUUGAAUACUGCAGACCAUGUCGUACUUGUCAAAUGGUAGGGAGACCAAAUAAAAAGAUACCAGCAGCUCCUCUUCAACCCAUUCCAGCAUUUGAAGAACCUUUCAGUCGCUUUAUAGACUGAGUUGGACCUCUGCCAAAGACAAAACCAGGUCACCAAUACUUGUUGACAAUCAUGUGUGCAUCAACAAGUCUCCCAGAAGCUAUUCCUCUUUGCAUUAUCAAGACUCCGAACAUCGUCAAAGCUGUGACGAAGUUUUUUACAUUGUUUGUUCUUCCGAAUCCUGUACACUCUGACCAAGGAACCAACUUCAAGGCUGGACUAUUCAAACAAGUGAUGAUACAAUUGGGCAUAGAACACCACUUGUCGAGUGCAUAUCAUCCUUAGUCGCAGGGAGCACUUGAGCGAUUCCAUCAGACAUUGAAGAACAUGAUGAGAACGUACUGCCUGCAAUAAAAGAAAGACUGGGAUGAAGGAAUCAACAUGCGACUGUUCGCCACAAGAGAAGCAGUUCAAGAAUCACUUAGAUUCAGCCCCUUCGAACUGGUUUUUGGCCAUACGGUUAGUGACCCCCUUAAACUUUUAAAAGACACAUGUUUGUCAUCAACACCCACUGAAUGACUUUUGGACUACCUGGUAUGUCUUAAAGUUUAAAACUAAACUUUUUAAUGCCGUUAAUUUGGCUCAGUCACAUUUAAAAGAUUCUCAAUCUAAAAUGAAAGUUUGGUAUGAAAAAAAGUCCAAAUUCAGACAGUUUGCUUCAGGGGACAAAGUGCUUGUACUUUUGCUGAUACCAGGGCAGGCACUACAAGCUAGAUAUUUUGGUUCUUAUGUAGUUGAGUCCAAAUUUAAUGAUUUAAAUUACAUUGUGUUAACACCAGAUCGUAAAAGAAAGAAACAUGUAUGUCACAUUAAUAUGUUAAAAGAAUAUGUUGAAAGAAAAUGUUAUGAUUAUUGUCCAUCCUCAUAAACUAGUAUUAACACAAUCUCAACUGUAACCUCAGUACUUAAAGAAAAUGUACUGAAACCUUUGAUACUGUCCGAGGAAAAAGUUGGUCAUUAUAAACUCAAAAAUUCAGAACUACUGGCCAACUUAGAUAAGAAACUAGGACAUUUGUCAUUGUCAGAGAAGGAUGUUGUUCAGUCUGUUACUGCAGAUUUUGUUUUACUCUUCCCUGAUGUGCCUAAUAAAACCAUCAUUGCUGUACAUGAUGUUGACUAUGGCAAUCCAGUUCUGGUCAAGCAACACCCCUAAAGGAUCAAUCCAGAAAAACUUGAAAUAAUCCGAUCUGAAAUAAAAUACAUGCUUGAAAAUGAUAUUGAGUCAAGCAAUAGUAACUGGAGUUCUCCAUGCAUUUUAAUCCCAAAGCCUGACAAAAGUUACGAGGUUUUGCACUGAUUUCAGGAAAGUAAAUUCAGCUACAAAGUCUGUUUCCUUUCCGAUUCUAAGGAUAGAGGGUCUUGUGGAUCGAAUAGGUGAUGCCCAAUAUGUGACCAAGAUAGACCUACUAUCGGGUUAUUGGCAGGUUCCUCUAUCUGACAGAGCAAAAGAGAUCUCUGCUUUCUGUAUUCCAGAUGGUCUAUAUCAAUAUAAAGUAAUGCCAUUUGGAAUAAAAAAUGUCCCAGCUACAUUCCAACAUAUAGUUAAUAACAUUAUUGCUGACCAGGAAAAUUGCAGCGCCUAUAUUGAUGAUGUAAUUAUUUACAGUCAAGAAUAUUUAGGUCACAUAGUGGGUCAAGGUCAUGUAAAGCCUGUUCAUCACAAUAAAUCACAUCACUUCCACCACCCACUUUUAGGAAACAGCUAAUGAUAUUUUUGGGAAUGGCAGGUAACCGUACUAUAGAAAAUUUUGCAAAAAAUUCUCAGUUAUUGCCUCUCCACUAAGUAAUAUUUUUAAAAAAAUGCAAAAUUUCAUUGGUCAGAUGCUUGUCAGGAAGCAUUCGAAAACAUUAAAAAUAUACUUGCUAAUGCUCCUGUUCUCAUUGCACCAGACUUUAACAAAUAGUUUAAAUUAGCUGUAUGUCUGCAUUGGUGCAGUUCUUUUUCAAGAAGAUUACCACAGUGCGAUAUUUCUCUAAGAAAUUUAACUCCCAUCAGAAAAAUUAUUCCACAGUAGAAAAAGAAGAUUUAGGUUUAAUUCUUGCUCUGCAACAAUUUGAUUUCUAUGUCAGUUGUUCCUUACAUUCAUUACUUGUUUUUACUGAUUCAAAUCCUUUAACAUUUUUGAAUUAGAUGGUCUCCAAAGAUUGUUAAGAUGGAGUCUAUUUUUACAAGACUAUAAUUUGGACAUAAAACAUAUUAAAGGCAAAGAUAAUGUGAUUGCUGAUACUUUAUCCAGAAAUUAAUUUUCACUGUACAUAUAACUUAUGUUAUUGUUUAUAAGCUGUUAAGUAGCUUUUUGUCUGAUAUUUUGAAGGGAAUAAAUUUUAAUGUAUUUUCUUUUACUUCUUUAAUAGAAAAAGAAUUCUAUUUUGACAAAUGAAUUUUUUUCUUUUUAAGAGGGUAGGUGCUAUAGGCGUCUCAUUUACUUUCAUUCAUCUUUUCUGGUGAAUGAACUUAAGCUGACUCCCAAGUUCUGCAUCACUAUUAGGGUGUUGCUAAUUAAAAAUAGUCUCCUUUGACCUCGAUUACAAUAAAUAACAUCUAUAUACUUUAGAAUUUACUAGAUUGGUCGAGGCUCUUGAGCAAUGUGUAAGUCCUUUUGAGAGAUAUCUAUGAAACAGGUUAUAUAUACGCCUAGAGAGAUUGAGCGCAGGAAGAUGAGAAUAGAGUUAUUUUGAGAAAUAUUACCAUAGAGAUUUUUCUAUACGAGAUUUGCUUACUAACUUUUGCUGUAUGUGUGUAGAUUCCUUUUCAUCAUUGUACCUUUUUACAACAAUGUUUCUUCUUCAACAUUGUACCGGUACAAGCCAAUCAUUAUUCUGUAAGUCAAUAGCCUUAAUUUUAUUUCCUUUUGAUUUUAUAAUUUAUUAUUAACAAAUAAAAUUUAUUAAUUGUAAUGAGCUCUGGUUUGGAUAUCGUAUUCUUUGUUAUUCUAUUUAACAUAUGGUAUCUUCUUUUGUUGUGUACUGUUUUAGAAUGAGCCAUUUAAUUAAAUAAGAGAUUACUUUCUCCAUACUAAUAACAGUACGUAACACCCUGUCUAACCAUGGACGGCACCCAGCAGCAUCUAGCAUUGUUUAUCGUUCAGAGGGGGGUGAGAAGGAGUCAGAAUAGUAGAGUUUGAAGAGAUGUGUCUUGAGUGCAGUUUUGUUAAAUGAUUUUGGAAGCACACCCAUUAAACUUGCAUUUAAAGUAUAUAAAUGUAAAAGAAAGGAAAAAGUUAGGAAAAGCGGAUGGUAUUGUUCAGUAAUAAUUAUACACAAGUAGGGGAAUGUUAGCAGUAUAAAAUUAUAUAUACUCAGCUAAGUAGUUGUAUAUUAGCAGUAUUUUCUAAUAUAUACAAUAUAGUCACUGAUAAUGUUAGCAUUGUAUAAUUAUAUAUAAUAUAUGUAAUGGGGUGUUAGAAAAAUGAAUAAACAUGUCGAUCAAAAUACAGAUUUAAAAAAGGUUAAAAAAUGAUUUUAUACAUGCACAUGAUAAUAUUUCUGCAACAUACAUACCGGCACAUAUGUUAUGAGGUUGAUAUAUUUUCAAAUUUACUUUUUUAGAACACCCAUUUGUUUCUAUAUUACAAGAACUUGAAAUCGGCAAUGAGAAGUUUCAGUACUUUGAUACUGCUCAAUUAGGGCAAGAAAAAUUAGGUAAGUAUCUAAUUUGGAAUGUUAAUAUGAUUUUUUUAUCUAGCCCAUAAUUGGUUUUAGAAAUAUGGCUUUAAACGAAAAAAAUGGUUUAAUAGGCUUCAUUUUAAUUAUUCUAUUACUUGCCAUAUAAGACCUUAUGCUGAGCUAGGUAUUUUUUUGCCAUCCGGGUUCCUUAACUGCUUACAGGCAGUUGCAAUAUUUUAAGUUUAAGAUGUCUGAUGUUUCUUUUUAACCACAAUAUAAAAAUUAUAAUUUAAUACAUUAUAAUAAAAAAGGGAUAAUGUUAACUUACUAUUUCUUCUUUUUAUAUGGAUAUAUUGCUAUAGGUGUCAAUCCAUAUUCUGCCCACAUGCAAAACAACAUCACUCCAGUUCCUUUUACUUUUUUAUUAUAAUGUAACUGAUAACAUUUUUAGUUAAUUCUUGUGAUCACAGGGGGGAAUGGGAUCCAACAUAUUCAUAUGUGCACAUAUUUUUUUGGAUAAAACUGAAUGAUGCCACUGUCCUGGAUCUAUGAAAUAACUUUACUAUGAGCACUAAUUUUAAUUUAAUAUAAAAAUAUACACUAUAGUGCUUUAAAAUUUGACAAUGUUCUCAUUUUUAAAAAGGCCAUAACUUUCUUUAAAUUUGAGAUACAGAUAUAUAUUUGGUAAUUCCGUUCUGAUGAAGCCAAGCUCUAUUCAUGGAAUAGUUGAAAUUCAUUUAGAUUCAUGAUGAAAAGUUUAUUUAGAGUACCUUAUUUUAUCUUUUAAAUUUAUGUAUAAAGAGGAGAUUGAAUAAUGUAUCUUUUAAUUUAAUAUCCAUGUAAUAUAUCAAUAUUUAAUAAUAUGAUCAGUUAAACAAUUGUGUUGAUAUUAUCUUAAUGAAUAAUUUGAUACUCUUUUUGGACAGAACGACUUCCUUAUACCAUUAGAGUACUGCUGGAAUCUGCUGUACGAAACUGUGACAACUUUCACGUCUUGCCUGGAGAUGUUAACAAAAUUCUUGAAUGGCGGACCCUUCAGUCUGCACAGGUUGAGAUUCCUUUUAGACCUGCACGAGUCAUCCUCCAGGAUUUCACGUAUGCUUCUUAAAAAUUUAAUUUUUGCUGUCUCAAAGCCUACAAUGUUUCAUUAUCACACUUGUCUCUUGUCCCAACAUUCACUGUUUUAUCACCCUCUAUGUUUCUUGCAGACCUGCUUAUUCUUAUGAUUUUGGCAUACAAUGUACACUUUUGAGAUGUCUUUUACGAUUGUACGCUGAGACUGCCAGAAGUACUAUUUUAAAAGACCCAGUUAAAAUAAAAAUUCUGUUUUUUUUCCUGAUUAAAAAUAAUAUUAGAUUUUCUGAUUUUGAAGUUUUAGCACUUUCUACAAAUAUCUGUCAGUGAAUGGACAGAGAAAAACUAUUGGUUGUAAUUUGUUCAUAGUGUUGCUUUGUGUGUCAUAAUGAACUAGCUAGAUGUGGCAACAGCAGUCUACAAUAAAAAAUUUAGUUUGCAAUGAGCCUGGAAAAAAUUUUAAAAUCUCCUAUGACGCGCUAAUAAGACGACACCCCAUUUUUCUCUUGAAAUAUUUGUUUAAAAUUGUGGCUUCAAAACGAAUAUAUACUGUAAUUAUGGGCUGAUAGUGUUUUACUAGACCCUUUGUAAGUGUUCAUUAAGACCCAUAUGAAAGAUUGUAAAUUUCCUUGAGGGGGCUUUAAAAUCUAAAUUCUUUUUUCAAAGUACAACAGUAUUUGUUAAUUUAUAUCAUUAUUUAGUUGUUAUCAAAUAUUAAAGGGUAAUAAUUUAUUAACGCAGAUGUAAAAAUUUAAGUGGUAGGACUACAGCUAUUUUUAAAUACAUUUUUAACCUCACAUCAUAUUGGUUGCUGUACCAUUUGUUGAAAUUAUUUCACUUUGAGUUGACUUGCUCUCCAAGAAAGCUGUUUUACUUGGAUCAUGAAGCUAUUCCCACCAGAGAGAUAUUUUUUAAAAAGUAUAUUUUUUUUAUAAAUUAGGGCUGAAUGGGGUGCUGGCUUGGAAACAUGGAAAUGCAGAGUAUUAUACACCCUGAAAAUACCCAGACCAGGACAACAAAUCAGAAUAGGAUCCAAGUUUUAAAAAAUUUAAAAAAACCCAUUAUUUUCUGCAUAUUGGUAUAAGGAAAAUGCAAACAACUGCCAAUCAAUGACCAGCAGCACUUACUCUCUGCUUAAUAUUUGAUAUUUGUUAAGGGUUAUAUGCUGUUAAGGUUAUGCAGCCUCCAACUUUGAAAACCUAAAUGAUUCUAUGCAUGAAGUUUUCUCCAUUUCGUUAACACAUUUCUCAUUUUCUAUAGAUAAUUCCUUAAUUGUAAUAACAGGAUCCAGUCUCUAGUUAUGUUCUCAAAAUACCUGGCCCUGGUAGGGGGAACAAAAAUUAUUGCACCUGUCCCAGCCCUAGUAUAAACCUUUUAUUAUAAAACUAUUUGACCAGAAACUGUUUUCUCUGAUGUAAAGUAAUUGUUGAUACCUUACUUCAGAGGUGUUCCAACCGUUGUUGACUUUGCUUCUAUGAGGGAUGCUGUUAAGCGACUUGGUGGUAAUCCAGAAAAGAUCAAUCCAAUCUGCCCAACUGACCUUGUCAUUGACCACUCAGUUCAGGUGGAUGUGUCUCGUAGGUAUGUCACUGUGUCUUUUCGGGCAUGUUAUUGUGUCUUAUAGGUAUAUUAUUUUGUCUUUGAGGUAUUUUUAGGUUUAUCAUGUCUUAUAGUUAAGAUUUUGUCACUAUGUAUAAAGCUGUUAUCAACAGUUUCUGCUGGGUUCUGUCAUUUGUUACACUAUAUUGAAAUUUAGUCUUUCUUGGUGAAAUACUUUAAGUUGUCUUUUACUUCUUAAUUUACUCAGAGCAUUAGAGGGAGUCCUCUUGAGAUCACUGUUCCUGACAUACCUUGUUAAACUCAAGUUGUUGAAAUUCUCUAUAGAAGUUUAUUCUUAUUUAUUGUAUUAAUAGAAAAAGAGAAGUCAUUUUAUCAAUUCUAACCAAUUCUGACAUAACUCAGUUCAACAACUGUCAUCAUUCCAAAAUGUAAAAAAAUAACAACUGUCACAAAUCUGAAAUAAUUAAGUUUAACAACUGUAAUAAUUAAAAAAUCAUUCUUUGACAACUGACUCCUGCUUUAAAUAAAAAUUUAUUUUGAUAGCUGACAAUAAACUUGAAAGCAUCUGUAAACUAUGACUUAAAAAAGAGACCUUCACUGGCUGUGUAGUGUGUCAAACAAAGGCAUUGAUGUUUCUGUUUCUUAUUUUAUACUGGGCAUGAAGGCAUGAACAAAACAAACGGUUUUACGUGGCUCGUUGAACAUAGCAAACUUACAUUUUAACGUGGCAUAUUGAACAUAACAAACUUAUGUUUUACUUGACACAUUGAACAUAACAAACUUUAAGUUUUUAAUUGGCACAUUUAAAUAACAAACUUACGUUUUUACUUGACACAUUUCUCUGUGGCAUAUUGAACAUAACAAACGUACAUUUUUACGUGGCAUAUUGAACAUAACAAACUUAUGUUUUUCUGUGGCUUAUUGAACAGAACAAACUUAAGCUUUACUUGCCUGUCUAAGUUUUUUUAACUAGAAAAGAUCAAACCUGAAGUAAGGUGACAUAAAUAGUCAAUUUUUCUGUAUCUGCCCUUUUUGUCUUUUUGUUUGGCUUUUAGAAAAUGCUCUACAGAUGUUAGAUGUAUUUUAUUGUUAUAAUUCCUAAAUAAAAAUCCAAGCCAUCCUCUCAUACGUGUUUUCCAUUGUCAAUUGUUUUUUUUUUACUUCCUGUGGCAUCAGUGUUUUGUUUUUUUUACUUUAUUGUAGCACAACAAUAUUGGGGUGGAGGUACACAUUUUUGAACAAAGUUAAUUACUGUAGUAAAGUAAACUUGUUUAAAUUAAGUAAAUUAAUUACUAAAAUAAAGUAAACAUGUCAAAAUACAGUAAAUGAAAUACUUAAAUAAAUUAAACAUGUUUGAAUAAAGUAAAUUAUUUGACAUGUUUACCUGCACUUAUCCUAAGAGUUACUUAAGUUUUAAUUUUGACCUUUUCAGUCUUGUACAUUUUUGAAACUACUUUUGCCAUAUAAUUUGUUUUUGCCCCUGUAAACCCCCUCUAUCUAUAUCAUAUUAUAAGUCAUAGCUAAAGAAUUAAAGCUCCGUUAUACCCUCUUGACCUAAAAAUAUCAUGUUAAAGAUUCACCCACUCACACCCCUUCAAUGUGUAUGACAUUGUUUAUGAUGUGAAAAAUAAGACAAUGAUAAAUGACAUUGUAUUUGUAUGCUGAUAUGGAAACUAAGACUAAGAUUGUGGUCCUCACAUUGUAGUGUACCACCCAAUGAUAUUUUGUGUAGGUUUUGGUCCUCAUAAUUUUACAUUGCUUUGUAACCAUAUGGCUAGUUAACUGAUUAGUUUCUAUAUGGACCAAUUUUAAUAUUAUGUGUCUAAUUAAGUUUUCUAAUUGGCUAAUAUACAAUUACAAAUUGUAAUGAUCAUAAACAGAUUUGCUUUUUCAUUUUCUAUUGUAUUAACUUGUUAUUUUCUAAUCAGCUUUUAUAAUUAGAUAGACUAGUCUAUUUUAAUUUUAAAUGGGUCUGUUCAGAAUGAUAUUGGUUGUUAAAUAAAGUUUCUAAAUAGCUUGCUAUCUACUUUCUUAAAUUAAAAAUAACCGAUAUAACAAUAACUUAAUAACCUUACUAAAAUUAAGUGUAGCUUUUUGAAUAAAUUCCUUUCAGCUUUAAACAUUACCACAUCCUUUUCCUAAAACCUCCUUGAAACGAGAUUUUGAUAAACCUCUCUCUUUGUCAGUCACAAGAUUUCUCUUAUAGAAGUGUGACAAAAUUCACUAAAUAAAUAUUUCCAUUUUCUACUUGUGCAGAUCUAUCAUAAUUCUCACCAUAUAAAUCUUUCCAAAUGCUUAAAAUAUUAUUUUAGCCUAAUAAAGUGUAAACUUCUUUACUUGUUAAAAAAAAAUUACAACUGCUCAGCUGUCUGGCUAUCACUGCCUUGCUGUCCAAAACUGUUGACGACAAUCCAAUACUGUAUAAAUUGACGUUUAUUUUUUUUAAGCAAAACAAAAUUGAUUCCCAAAUUUCACACCUUUGAGUCCCUUUCCACUGCACAUUACCUUUACACAUGUGUAUCACACUUUUGAGUCCUUUUCCACAGCCCAUUGCACUUACAUAUGUGUCACAUUUCUGUCCUUUCCACAGCACAAUAAACUUAUACAUAUGUCACACACCUUUCUGUCCCUUUCCAUAUCACAUGACACUUAAAAAUGUGUCACACACUCUCUGCCUCCUUCCACAGCAUUCCACACAUUUACACGUCUCACACACUUUCUGCCUCCUUACACAGCACACCACACAUACACAUGUGUCACACACUUUCUGCCUCCUUCCACAGCACUCCACACAUACACACGUGUCAUACCCCCAAUCCGGGGGGAGGUGCUGCCAACAAGUUUCAAGGUCAAGGAUGUGCCAACAAUGGACGAAUUCUUGGAACUCGUCAGAUGAACCACUUGUCAAGCACAACAAGGAUGGGAGCACUAACCCAUUCCCUGUCCGGCUCUCCCCUGCCCUCCACUUGCUCCUUGUGCUCUCACAGCGAGUUCCCCAUCAUCCAAACAACUUGUCCAUUUCAUGCCCAACAGACCACAGGGUUUGUCUGACUAUGUUAUGUUGUACAUCUGUCUGUUUGUGAUCACUUGGUUCAUCUAUCUUAUGUUGUAUUUCUGCACAUACUUCCCUGCUUGUUCAUACCAGCUUUGCUAGCAAUAAAGCUAUUACUACAUAGUCAUGUUGAAAACACAGGAAUACAAAAUAAAACAAUUAUAAUAUGGAAAUAAAGCUGCUGAAAAACAAAGUAUGUUCAUAACUCUAAAUUAAGUCUGUAAUAAUUUCUCUUAAAUCUCUAUUAACUGUGAAAAUGAACUAAUACAUCCUGAGGUGGCAUUGUUUAAUUUAAAGCAUGUCUUGAAUGUAACUGUUUAAUACUGAUAAGGUGUCAUUGCAAUGUAACAGUGUCAUUGUUUGAUAAAGGUUUUAUUAUUGGAAUUUAUAGAUACUGUGAUUAUGUCAAAUGGUCAAGUAGAAAUUUAAUAGAAACUGUGCCCGAGUGUUUCAACUAAUAAAUGCAAGAAUAAGUGAUAAAAAUAUUGAUACCUUACCUAACCAUUGGAGUAAAAACAAUGGAUAGAUUGCUGCUGAAAUGGUCACAAUAUGAAAUUGUCAUAUUGCUGCUGUAAUACACAGAGUGUUAAAAUUUGGACAUAUGACUACCAGUACUGUAAUAGACAGAGUAUAAAAUAUGGACAUAUGACUGCUGUAAUAUAGACAGAGAGAUAAAAUAUGGAAUUAAAUUGCUGCUGUAAUAGGGUUAUAAACUUUUGUCACAGCGAUUGUCAUUAUCCUAAUUGCUAAGCCUUACUGUAAAUCUUCAGGGUUUAGAUGCAGAGUUUUCAUGGUUGUGGCAUAGGGAAUAUGGUGUAGGGAGGGUCAUUUUAAUUAUAUGUAGAUUAGAUGAGAGCGUAAGGGAAAAAUAUGGAGAGGGAACUGAGGGGAGAGGAAGCACAGGGUGACUAGAUUGUUUUAAACUUUUAUAGCAGUGGUUCUCAACCUUCCUAAUGUCGCGAUCCCUUAUUACAGUUCCUCAUGUUGUGGCGACCCCCCAAAAAAAUAUUAUUUUCGUUGCUAAUUUGUAACUGUAGAGAAUAUGUGUUUUCCUAUGAUCUUAGGUGACCCCUUGUAUAGGCUCGUGCUACCCCCAAAGGGGAUGUGAUCCAGAGGUUGAGAACCGCUGUUCUAUAGCAUAAGUGCAAUGGGGAUGUUAUCACUUUGUUAUUUUGUAUUAAAUAAGUGGUUCCUUUUACGUGUUAUUUAGGAAGCAUGGUUCUUUAUAUAUAAGAUUUAUAACUUAAAAAUAAAUUCUAUUAGUUUGAUAAAUUUUGGUUACCGGUACUAUGUAAUAUUUAUGGCUUAUGAUUUGAUCCUAAGUUAAAAAUACACAAAGCUUUAGAUUUAUUUUAUCAGAUUUACAUAAUUCCAUUUGUAUGUCUUUCUGGAACUAACAUUGAAUGAGAAAGACAGCAUUACAUUUUCAGAACAUGCUCUUGGGUCCCCCAUGAAUUUCUUAACACAUAUUUUCUCUACUGCUAGAGAACAGCUUUUAAGUUCAUUGAUAGUUAUGAGUUUUGAUAAGUUGAAAUCUUAAUUAUUCAAUUUCUAUUAAUGGUACUUGUUUUGUUUUAUCUUACUUGGAAUUAUAGUUAUACUUUACUAGUAUACCCGUGUUAUCAAGCUUAGCUUCCAUGCCAGUGAAAUUAUUUGAUUUUGUUAACAUGUUUAUUUUUCUGUGUCGUUAAUGUCAACUCUGUCUCUGCUUGCAGUGCUGAUGCCCUAGAGCAGAACCAAGAACUGGAGUUUGAGAGAAAUGAAGAAAGGUUUCGAUUUUGCAAGGUAAUUUUUGGUACAAAGUUCCUGUAACUGAAAUGCACUGUUUCAGAGUUACCAGUAAUGCAUGCAUGUCAAAUACUGUUACUAAGUACUUGUCAUUAAAGUAAUAAAAUCUUAUAAGCAAAAGUCAAUCACAAUCAACUUUAAUGAACUAACACCAAAUAAAGAAUAUUGAAUGAUUAAAUGUAGACCUCUAGAACAGCAUUUAACAGAAGCCAAAAUGUGCCUCUCACACUGAACCAUGACGGCUGCAAAAACAAAAUGCAAGGUGGAAAAAAGCAGAAAAAACCUACCAGUAAUUCCUAUUAAAGAAUCUAAUGCUAACCUCUAACGUUUUGUUUGAAAAAGCCCUAAAAUUUCAUGUCACAAAUAAUGCGAUCUGUUGAUCUUGUUCCAUAAUAAAAGAAUAUUUAUUUUUAAUAAAAGUGUCAAAAUCCUUUAAAUUAUAAAAUUAUUAAAAAUAAACUGUGGUCAUACCGAUAAACCUAAGCUAGUAUCAGACCUGUUUACUGUUACUAUUUUGGCGUAGAAUGACCCAUUUUGUUAUUUCUUUUACGAUUUUAUGCAGAAACGUGCCAGAAGUACGAUUUUAAGAGAUCGGGUUGAAACUAUAUACAUUCCCUUAGGUUUUUACCGGUUAAAAUUUAAAAAAACUAGAAAAAUAAAUUUUUGGUUGUUAGUUUUAACUUGCAUUUGCGUUCUGAACCUAGCAGUGUUUGCAUCGGGAAAUAGAUUUUUGGGGGACCAUUAAUUAAUAUUACGUUUGCUUUAAGAUUCAAUAAGAGUGGGGUUGAUUUUGGAGAAUUUGUUUGUGUGUGUGAGUGUGUGGGGGGGGGUCUAAAUAUUAAAGUCUAUAAAAUUAGCACUGCCACUGCCACAUUUACGUAAUGAUAGUUGGGGAAGGGGGGGUUCCUCUGCAGAAAUUAUGUGCGUUUUUAAAAAAUUCUACAAUAUUCAUACUGAAACUAUAAAAGUCCAAAAAUAACAUAUUUAUAUCUUGAAUGCUGUAAAAUAUCACCCUAUGUUUAGUGGGAAUUAUUAUGGUAAUGUUGCCAUGUAUUUUCACAAAUAAACUCUCUAGCUAUACUCAGUAGUAGAUAUAUUACAGUAAUAUUUAGUCCACCCAAAUGUUAAUGAAUGUUCAACAUGCGUGUGAUGUAUAUUUUGUUUGGCUAUAAAAUAAAGGGUUAGAUAAAAAUAAAUAUAACAUGUAUGUAGGUCAGUAAGUGCAAUCUAGUUACUGCAAACAGUAGUUACUCAAGUGGGUUACUGUUUGCACCACGACUGAGAGUUGUCACAUUGGAUUAAAAGUGGAAAUAAAAUUAUGAAAAUUUUGUAAGGAAGCCGCAGCAAUUUUUCGUCCCCAUUCUCAUUGCCCUGCCCGGGGGGCAACGAGCACCCAGGGCGAUGAGGCAUAAUAUUCAUGGGAACCACUGGGCUCGCCAAAUCACCUGUGGUGAAAACCCUUCUCACUUUUUAUUCGCUAUAACAUCAAAAUAUAUAAAGAUUAUUAGGACAUGGGUUUUGUUGAUGUUGGGGGGGGGGGGGCGGGUAUCAAAAGUUCAUUGUAAAAUACUCAAAGGGGGGGGGGGGGGGGGGGCCGCGUAAAAGGUAUGAGUGCAACAGGGAGAGGGGCUAGAGAAAUGUGACUUUUUUGGAGGUACAUACUCGCAUUUGUUUGCUUCAUUGCUGUAUCACGUAAUUUUGCGACAAUUAUUAUUAUUAUUAUUAAUUAUUGUACACUUUAUGUAAGCUGUAUGUUUAUUAAGAUACUUAAUCGUACAAUUUUUAGACAAUUUACGAUUUUAGGAGUUUGAGGGUAAACAGGUCUGUAAUGUCCCUUCAAAAGGGCCCUACUUAUGUAGCCAAGGAGUAUUUGUUGUAUAGGCAGUAGUAUAUAUCGUUUACUAGUAAUGAAAAUUUCAUACAUGCGUGUAUAAUGAGAACCCCUAAUUUUUAGUUUCAGUUUCUAGCCUAACUACGGUAGGUUUUUCUUUAUGUCGGUUUUAUUUUACUUUACCUUUUUUGUCUCUCCUGAUUACGGUAAAAAGAGAGUGAUGAAAGAAAAAGACCUUAAAGUUGACUUUUAAAAAGAAAAAUAUGCUGAUCACAUUGGUCAACAAUUUAGAAGUUUUUUUUUUCCCCAUAUUGAAAAUUUCCAUUUAACUGUUGAAAGAUCUCUACCACUUAAGUAUUGAAUAGUUUUCAUAAUUGCCAAUUUGUUUGGUACCUUAAAGUUUGAUUUUGAAGUUAAUAUGGUAGCUUUGAUAGUUGUUACACCUACACUAGCUAAAUAGUCUCUAGAUGAACUGUGGCAGUGCCUUUUCAACAACAUGUCAAGAGCAUUAUAGCUGACAUCAAGAAGAUAAAGUAUUUGACAGACAUUAUAGGUGACAUCUAGAAGUUGAACUAUUUGACAGACAUCUUGAAAAUACCAAUUAUCUGUAGUUGAGAAAACUUCUUAAUUAUCAAUGAUUUAAACAGGUAAUGAACUAAUUUUAUGUCAAAGACAAUAAGUGUUUUUAAGAACAUGGUUUAUGAUUUUUCUCAAUAUGUGAAUUUAUUAUACAAUUUGUUGAUAUGUGACUUUGUUGGCAUCAGACUUUGUUGGGAUGUGAUUUUGGUCAAUACAUAACUUUUUUGUAUGUGCCUUUAUCAAAAUAUAUGAAUUUGUUAAAAUAUGAGUUUGCUAAUCAUGAUUGAAUGUUGUACCAAGAAUUAACUUUUUAAAAACAAGGAAAAAAAUAUAUGGACUAUAAAAAAGUUGUCUUAUGUAUUUCUUCAGUGGGGAGCACAAGCCUUAAAGAAUAUGCAAAUUAUUCCCCCUGGGUCUGGUAUUGUACAUCAAGUCAACUUAGAGUAUCUUGCACGAGUCGUCUUCAGCGACUCAGGGAUCUUGUAUCCUGACAGUCUGGUUGGUACAGAUUCACAUACAACCAUGAUUAAUGGCUUAGGUGUUCUAGGCUGGGGUAAGUCAAAUGUUUCCUGAGGGUUUGCUUUAAUACAGUUGUUUUAAUGGCUGGGACUGGCAUAUAAUGGGUCAAAUAAAAAAGUUAUUGCUUUUUUGGUGGGUAAAAAUAAGAUGAGCACCAUGAAAACUAUUACCUUGUCCAGUUUUUGAUUAUUGCAGGUGAUCAGAUUACUAUUUUUGACUUGAUUAUUGCCGGUGAUCAUAUUACUAUUUUUGACUAAUUAUUGUAGGUGAUCUUAUAAGUUAUAUUGGUCCAUUACUUGACUGAUCAUUGCAGGUGUUGGUGGUAUUGAAGCUGAGGCUGUUAUGCUUGGUCAAGCCAUGUCCAUGGUACUUCCUCCUGUUGUGGGCUACAAAAUCACAGGUUCUCUGCACCCUCUUGUCACUUCAACUGAUGUGGUGCUUACUAUUACCAAGGUGGGUUGGGUGGUUCCAUUAUUAAAUGCUGUGGAGCUUAUCAUCACCCAAGUAAAGCAUAAAUCCUACCUACUAAUAUGUUGGUUCAGGUUUUUGGAUCAUUGUUAGGUAAGGUUGUUGGGUCAUUUUUGUCAGGUUGUUGGGUCAUUCUUAGGUAAGGUUUCCUGGGUCGCCUUGUGGAUCAGCUUUUUUGGUCUUUCUUUGUCCAAUUUUGUUCCUUUAUUUUCAACAUUGCAAUUUCUCCUCAGCAUCUACGCCAGGUUGGUGUAGUUGGCAAGUUUGUGGAGUUCUUUGGUCCAGGAGUUUCCAACUUGUCUAUAGCUGACCGUGCAACCAUAUCCAACAUGUGUCCAGAAUAUGGAGCAACAACAGGAUUUUUUGCUGUGGAUGAGAAAUCUAUUCAAUAUCUCAAACAAACAGGUAGGAAAUUCAUGUCAUCAGACAGGUAAUUCAUAUCAUCAGACAGGGGAUUCAUGUCAUCACAUACUGAUGACUCAUAUCGUUACAGACAGGUGACACAAUGUCACCAAAUGGUGAGUGAAAUUAUUACUUACGGUGAUGAGAUGGAUUUUGAGAUAAUUUGUAUGAGCUAGUAGAUAACUUAGUUGUUUUGUUUGUUUCAGGUCGAGAUGAAAAGAAAAUAGAGAUUAUUGAAAAAUAUCUCAAAGCCAGUCAUCUUUUCCGUGAUUACAUGAACAACAAUGAAGAUCCAGCAUUUUCUGAGGUGAAAAAAUGGUUCUCAUAUGAUUCAAACGUUUAUUUGUCAAAAUUCACGAACACUCAUCCACCCCACAAUUCCUUUUUGUUGAAAUUUUCUCCCCUUUAUUUGUAAUGAAUAACCCCGUUUAAUGUCAAUAGUUAUUUACUAGAAAUGUUCCCUGUUAUUUGAUCAAUACUCCCACCCCAUUUAUUAGCUAUAUUUUUCUUCAUUAAAAACUAAAUUAUAUCUUGCUUAAUUAAAUGUCCCAAAAUUGGUAGUGUCCUUUUUUUUUUUUUUUUUUUUUUUUUUUUUUUUUUUUUUUUUUUUUUUUUUUUUUUUCUUUUUUUUUUUUUUUUUUUUUUUUUUUUUUUUUUUUUUUUUUUUUUUUUUUUUUUUUUACAAAUUGUCUCCCUCUAUUUAGUAAACCUUUUCUGACCCACUAUGAAUAUUGAAAAGAUAAGUUUCUUCUUAGUUCUAAAUUGUUUUAUAUGUAAAUUUCCAGCAAAUUCACUCAUAACUUGAAAAUCUUCAUGGUUAAUUAAGUUGUUUAACUACGAAAUUAUUAGAAUAUAUGACCCAGUGUUCCAGUCCAACUAAUAAUGGAAGGCAUAUUUUGUUACUUUCCAACUGUUCUUUUAAGGUGUCAACAUCUAAAAAUCCAAAUUUAACAUAUGUUAAUGAAUCAAGAUUUCUUGUAAUAGAUCCUCAAACAAAAAUGUGAUAAAUUUAAAUUGGAUCCAGGGGGAUCGGGAUCUGUCGUAUUAAUGGAUUUUGAAACAUUGGUACCAUUAUUAAAAUUCCCCCAACCUCUUCUUCGCUCCUGAACUACAUUAUCGAAAAAUUGUUAAAACAGGCUACUUAUAUUUUAAGACGAAUCUAUUAUCCAAUUUUGAAAUCGGUCUUGUUUUUAUAAACAACUAUUCUUUAUCUCAUAAAAAUUGAACAGGCUCCGGUACUGAAUUUUGCACAAAAUUGAAAAAACAAAUAUUUCCUUAUUAUAUAGAAAAUCUUAGCUCCUGUUUAGCUGAACUUUAUUUUUCAUUAUUAAAAUUUUUAAAAUAUCUUUUUAUAGAUUAAAUUUUCACGCCUGCCUGUUUAACGUUUAAAAAUUUGUCAAAUAAAUAAUAAAGUUAAAAUUUAACUGUUGUCUCAUUAAAAUCAGUUUAAAAAUGCCACAAAUAGAGCCUUUCAAAAAUUAUCAAACUUUGUGGAAAAGUCUAGACCGGAUCAGAAUUGAUUAGAUAUUAUUCAUUUUAAAUCCACCGGAUUCACAAUGGAUGCAUCAUUGUUCACAUAGAACCUAUAAUGUUAUCUAAGGCUAUUGGUAUUUAUAUAGCUAAUAUAAGGAAAAUGAAAUGGAGCCCCUGCCCCAAAGGAGACAGAUAUUAUGAGUUAAGUAACCUUCGAUAUGUGAAUAUGGAUAAUAAAGUGUGUGUGUGUUAAGUUUGGUCAAGAUCCAUCUAUUCAUGUGGGAUUAUUUGUUGGUAAUUUUAUUUAUAAAACUCAUUUAAGGAAAAAACAAAUUAUGGGCCACCUGCCCCAAACGGAAUGUUAUUAAAAGUUCAUAGCCCCAGAGAGUUCCUUCUGGGAAAUGAUGGAUGUAUGUGCCAAGUUAUUUCAAGGUUAAUCAAUCCAUGUAAAAACAAAUGUGGAACAAAGCCACAAACCCACAAACAAACAUUCACUUUUAUAUAUAUACUAGCGAGUACCUGCCAUGCGUUGCAAUGCCACUCAAAGAAAGAAAGUGUUUGCAUUUUAAUUAUGUUUCUUGAAGAGCUUUUAAAUGCACAAUGUUUUGUUGUUUUUUUUCCGCCUGGUGCAUACAUGAAUAAAUCAGAAGGUUUUCCGACACGAGAGCAGGCCACAUACAUCUGUCCAUGGGAGAAGUAUGGGUUUUCAAAAUUUAGUCCGCAAACUUGUAGCGAUUGUCCCUGUGCUUUGUAGAUAGUCAUUGCAAACGCAUGUCGCGCCAGAAACUGCAGACGUUUGAAUUCAAAUGGCAUAUUUGUUGGAAUCAUGGGAAUGCGUGGCAUCGGUACAUCAACUCCUUUAAAUUUUCCUUUUAAAAUAGUAACUUCGAUGGUAUUUUUCAUCAUGUUUUUUACUGAAAGUUUGCUACUGUUGUAAAGUCGUGGAUUUAUGUUUCGUUAAAGAAUGAUAGGCACGCCCAUUUUCAGUUUUAAAAUGUGCGAUGGAAUGCCUGGCAAGUCAAGUUAUUGAAUAAUUGACAACUUUGUCUUGAUUCAAUAUCAAUGGACUUAUACGUUGUCGUUUCGUCUGGGAUUUCGUUUUGAAUGCUUAAGUUGAUUGCAUAGACAUCGUUGUUUUUGCGUGCUAAUAUUGCACUUGCACUGAGCCACUGAUGAUUUUUGUAAUAUUGUGCGAUAUUUGGAAAAACUUUAUGAAUCAAUUCGUCGAUGGUAGCUGUAAUUUUACAGGAGCUUGUUGGCAGUGUAAAACAUUGUGUGGAUUCAUCAAUUGCCAUUUUCCCAUUCCAAAUGUCCAACAAUUUUUUUGCUAAACAUUCAGCGGAUGCAUCAUUGUGUAGUUGUACACGCAUAUUGGUAUUCAAAGUCAAUUUCUGUAUUGUCACCUUAAUGAUUUGACACAUGCAUUUAAUUCAUCGGCAGCUGUUGAACGUGGUAUAACUGGUAGAGUUUGUCGAAAAUCACCAGAUAAUAAAAUAAGUGCGCCACCGAAGAGCUGUUCAUUUCCUCUCAAAUCUUUUAGUGUAUGAUAAAGCGUUUCCAAUGCUUUUUUUGUGUGCGCCAUAUAAUUUGUUGACAUGAUUGGAGUACUUUACCCAUUCCUGAAUUUUUAUUUAUAUUGCAUGUUUGUGUCUCCGUGAUUUGCAUAUUCAACGGCAAUUUCAGUGCUGAAUGCGCUGUUUGGCCACCAUCCAAAAGAGUUGCUUCAAUUACAGAUGAUGCGAUUGCCAGUGUCAUAUUCUUUUGUGAUCGUAUUGUUUUCAAAAUAAGUGAAAUUAGGAAUGUUUUUCCUGUGCCUCCGGGUGCAUCUAGGAAAUAUAAUCCAACGCUUUGACUGGCAAUUGCAUGCUUAAUUCUGUCAUACACUAUGAGUUGUUCUGGAACCAAUUUCGGAAGAUUCAUUUGAACAAAUGUACCUAAUUCGUCUAUAUCAAAAUGGGUUUCUCGUUGCAAAUCACGAUGGAAAAGGUUGUUUGCAGAUCGAUUCAGAGAGGUCAUUCCCAACUCAACCAGUGCUUUGUUAGAGACUGACAAACAUAUGUCCUCAAUCGAAACCAAUGCCUCAUUAUACACGUUUGGUGUAAAUUUAAUUUCCGGAUUUUGAUUCGUUGCGCGCAAACGAUGUAGGAUGUCUUCACUCAUGUAAUCUUUGUAUUUCUCCCAAAGAUCUUUUGGAUUGGAUGGGAAGCACGUUGUCAAUAUGAUUACAAACAAAGUGUGUAUUUGCUGUGGCUGAGCAAUUUUUGAUGCAUCAGCGAGCGAAGUGUCCCAAUGAGCAUCGUUUUCCAGAAGUUUUAAUUCUUGGCAAUCUUCACAAUAAGUGGCACAUACUUGACCGUUUACUGUUCUCGGUUCUUGGAAGGAUGUUGGUCCACGUACGUUUAUUAACAGUAAUCGCAAAUAAAAGCAUUCUGCAUUGUUUGGGUGAACAGUGUACAGACGGCCUAAUGCAUGGGCCAAAUAUAAAUUGGGGUGUUCUUCAAAUGCUUUACCCUGUUUGCGACGUUGACAAAUUUUAGCUGAUGCAUUCCAUGUGUAAUAUUUGGCACUUCAGAGUAAAGUAGCGUCUUUGCAAAAAUAUCAUUCCCGCACAAUGAGAAAAAUGCAGUUCACGAUGUUGACGGAGGUGACACUGCUCUUACAUGUGCAUUUUCUGUUGUGAAGUACACACGCUGUCCGUUUUCAAGGUGCACUGCCAAAUGAACAACUGUUGGAUGGCGUUCAUGGAUUGGAAAUGAUAAAAUGCGCCAUACUGCUUCAGUGCUAUUAAUGUAGCGUCCAAGUUGAUAUUGAUAGUCUUCAUCGAUUGAUGCAGUCAUUUAAUCGACUCCAAAACUGCCAUAUCGCUUCUUUGUUGACAUAUUUGCAAAUGUAGUUGAUCGAUUUCACCAAAUUGCAAUACUCUACAUUGAUGUGUGCUUUGAACGUUUUGAGAGUAACGGUGAAUAGGGUACAACCCAACGAUUAUCGACUCAACAUCAUUGUUUCGUACCUUUAAAGUGAUUGAUUUGCCACCAUUUUCAUUUGAUCGUUGAAGAUACAGUGGAUAGCCAUCAUUGCCAGUGAUAGUCUCCACAAUUAAAUAUCUUGGGUAUCGUUUUGUACAUUUCCCAUCAGACAUGCAUGGUGAAUUUUUGUUGAGUAAGCCACAUGGACCGUGAAUCAUGCUUUUGGUGACAAUUUCAAAUAAGUAUUGAUCAAUGUUGACAUCUGGUAUUUCUGCAGAUAAGACUUUAGCAAUUUGAUCUUGUUUGGCUUUUUCGAUCAACCAAAUUAAAAUGUGUGCAUGAGGCAAUCCUCUCUUUUGCCAUUCAACGGAAUACAUCCAACAGCGUGUCUCUCCAAAAACAUGAUACUUGACAAUAAAAUCUAUUAAAGAUUUCAAUUUUUGUUUGAACACGCGCGCAGUAAUAUCGUGACGAUAUGAUGAUGAUUGUCCAGUGAACAAAAGUUCUUGUAUUUCCCCCAUGUAGGGUUUCAUGUAAAUGUAAUAAAAAAAUCUGGGUGGCCAUAUGCGUGAAUAUAUUUCAUUGCAUCUUGUGCGUAUUCAUGCAUGUGACGUGGACUUCCAGUAAAUGUCGCAGCUAGUAUAACCAUUUUCCCCAAUUCAUUUGGAUUCACAUUGCCAAUAUUCACAAUUGCAUCACGCAAAUGAAUGUACUCUUCGGAAUGUAACUUGCUUUGAUUUAAUUGAAUGUAGAAGAGUCGUUCGUAGUCGAUUUUCGCAUACAUAUCAACAAUGUAUUAAUGGAAAAUUUUCGACAUGUCAAGAUAUGAUUUUCGUCACUCUCACGGAUCGUCAAUCCAUAUGAAUAGUAUUUCAUGACACUGACUUUCUUAUUCGAUUCCUCAUCCGUCUGUGGAUUUCUCAAUUUGAUGUUAAGAUGAUAUCCAUCUUCUCCUUGCCAAAAUAAAAUAGGAUAUUGCAAUCCAUCGUAUGAGCAAUGAGUUUCUGAGACAUCACCACUUCUGCGAUGAAGAAUUAUAUCAGGUGAGUUAAAUUCUUCGCCAACUAUAAAGAUCGCCACUUCAUCAAUUGUUGGUGCAUUGUAUUGUCUUUCGUGUAGGCAGACAGGUGUUUUGUUUGCUCUAACUAUGACUUUGUAGUCAUCAGUUGGCAUCUUUUCAAGUUAAGUUCUGAACAUUUGAAUUAAUUCGUUGUGUUGCAAAAAUAACAUUUGCAAUGAAGCGACAAUUUCUCGUUUAGUGCCCAUAUUGAUAUGACAACAUUGAUCGAUUUGUUCAUCAGUAUUCCCCAUGAAAUAAAUUUGAAGAAAUUUGUGAUCUGUGUUUGGCAGUGGCAGCAGAGAUCCUACACGAUGAUAAAUUUGCCCUUGCACUUAAAAUGUUGACAUGUAAUUCUCGCGCACGAUAUUUGUUGCACCAAACGAUGUCAUUUGGAAACAUGAAUUAUACUUGCGUAUGUUUGCCAAAAAAUGUUUCGAUUGGCUUGUGUCACCUGAUACCAACGGUGUUAAUGGUUCGGGUGGUGAAUGUAAUUCUGGUAAUUUCACUUUCCCACCAUUGCUGCAAAUUCCAGGUGUUUCAUUCUUAAAUUUGAGGGCACUGCAAUACAUGAAUAAUUGAUCCAUUUUUCCAAUAACCACACUAGGAUGAAGACUGUAAUCAUAAUUAGCAUCGUAAUGGGAUGCACUAAGAUUUAAUUCAGGGUGCAGUUUUCGUCUGGAUUGAGCAGUGCGCACUCUAUCGGAAUUCAGUCUUUCUUCUCCCCACUCAACUGUUUCAGACAAACGGGUUUCAGCAUUGCUUACUCCGGCGGUUUCGAGUCCUGAUUCCUGUUGCUCAACAGUUUCAGAUGAACGGGUUUGAGCAAUGCGUACUUGAGCGGUUUCCUGUUUUGCUUCCCGUUGCUUGACUGUUUCAGAUGAUCGGGUUUGAGCAUUGUGUCCUCGAGCAGUUUCCAGUCUUGCUUCUCCUUGCUAGAAUUUUUCCGAAGCUUGUGAUGACUUUUUCUUUCGUGCUUGAGGUGUAGAAAAACUAAUAGCUUUUCGUUUGGAACGCAUCAUUGAUUUGAAAGCAAAAUUAUUGCUUUGUGACGAAUAUUACAAAUGCAUGUGAUAUCUGUUAUUAGCAAUGGUUUUCGCAAUUAACACAACUUGUUUGGUCACACACAAAAUGAAAUAUUGCUGUUUGUAUUUGAUUCAAUUAAUUUACAAUAUUCCUAACGUUUUCACACGUUUCACAAUAAUUUUCACAAGUUAGGAUCUCCCAUCUUUUACAUGAAAACCUCGCACAAUAUGUACGAUCAUUGUUGGCAGUAGAGUUCCAGUUGUAUAUCGUCACAUUAAUUUAUAAAUCAUAAAUUCCAGCUUUAAAGUCUCGAUAUCACUAUAGUUCAAUACCUAUGUUGUCUAGUGUGUAAUUUAAUUACUCAAAAAACCAUGGGUUCAUGUAAAAUUUCUUUACAUAACACAAAACAACUCCGAAAUUAUAACACUCUAUUAAAGAAAUACUUUUAAUUUAAAAACCGAUCACAUUUUCAAUGUCAUAUCCGAUUCUAAAAUCCGUCACAAAAUUCAAGCUAAUUUAUAAAAAUAACAAAAAUACUCUCUACACUAUAAAUGCAAUACUGUGUUUUCUCUGCUUUACUACAAAUUUUCUGCCUGUUGGCAUUUGUUCAUGGGCGGUUGUGUUGAUAGCUCCGUUUGAAAUUAUAUUGAUGAAGCUCAAUUAAGAAAAUCAAAUGAAUUUAAGGCCCCCGGCCCAAAGGAAAUAUUGUAAAAUGGUUGCAUUUAUUCAGAAAUCUGCUAAUUAUGUAACACACAAACAGAAAUGUCGUUUUUUGUUUUUGAUUCAAUUCCAUCCACCCAUGGAAAAGCUCUGUUUGAAAUUUUAUUUUUAUAGUUCGAAUAAGAAAAUUUUAAAAUUUUUAAAAUUGUUGUACUAAAUUAGAAAAAUUUUCAGGCGGAUUCAGCUCCGUCCACCCAUGCAAAAGCUCUGUUUGAAAUUAUAGUUACAAAGCUCUUAGAAUAAAAAAAAGAAAUUAGGGUCACUGGCCCAAAAGGAAUAUUAAAAAAAUGUUUUUCUAAUUUAGAAACAUUUGCGGUAGUGCGCAUAUAAAUUCACCAAGUUUUAUCGUAAUCGGAUGAAUGUUUUAGAAAUGCAUACGAUAAUUAUAUAGAUAAUAAAAAGGUGGAGAGCGAAUUUAGGGCCCCCGGCCACAAACGGAAUAUUGUAGAAUUGUUGUAUUAUUUCAGAAACCUACUUAAUAUGUCACACACACAAUUUAAUGUCACUAUUUGUAUUUGAUUAAAAAGCUAUCCAUCCAUGCAUUAGCUCUGUUUGAAAUUAUAGUUGUAUAGCUUAUAGAGAAAAAAACAAACAUAGGGCCCCUGGCUAAAAACGGAAUGUUUUAAAAUGGUUUUAAUAUUUAAAAAACUUUUGAGGGUGAGCGCACAACAUCUCUCUAAAGUUUUAUCACAUUCUAAUAAAUGGUAGAGGAGUGCAUAUGGAAAUUAUUUUUUUACAAAGCUGGGAUAAGGGAAAAAAAACGAAUUUGGGGCCAAAAUGGAAUAUUUUAUAAGUCAUUAUGAGACCCUUAGAAAAAUGCUCUGGCAUGUGGAAAACAACUCACCUCAGUUUUAUCGCAAUCGCUUGAAUGGUGUAGGAGCGCAUACGGUUUGAAAUUAUAUUUAUAUAGCUCAUAUAUAUAAGAAUCAGCUAAAGUGACAUAACGCCAAAGGGGAGAUACUUUUUAAGUAUGUUCGGAUUCCUAAAAAGAAUCAUAGUUAUUUUCUAUUAUUUUACGGAAAUCUAAUAAAUUUAAAUGUGGACAAAAAUAUUUUAAAUCCGCUUCUAUUUUAUUAAAAGUUAAAGUAUUAUUAUUCUAAAUUACAAAUACAUUUAAAGUAUCAACUAAGGAACUAUUUUAAGCAUUUUAUAUGUUUGAAAGUUAUGAAAAAAAUUUAAAAAUCAUGAUAAAAGAAUUACACCGUAUUCACAUUUAUGGGGAAUGCAUCAGUCGUUUUUAGUGCGUCUUUUAGUACGUUGUUAAUAUUGCGAAUUUAAAUUAAAAUUAAUUUGUUCCAAAUAAUCAUGCAAAUGAUGUCCAAGCGCGAAAAGCCUAAUUUGACAAAACUCUUAGGUUUCUUUAAAUUUAAUAACCGCGCGUUAGCAACAAGAUGGCUGACAAGCAAAUUUGUGAAUACCGAAAACGGUAAAAUUAUGAAUAUAUGCUGAUAUAAAUAUGCAAAUACAAUGCGGGAAGCUAGGGUAAGGAUAUGGGAGUAAACCCAAACUGUAAAAUCCGGAGAUGGAGUCCCGAAGUCGAUCUGAUGCCGAUAACAAUGUCAUUUUGUCAACUCCUGCGACGCAGUCAGUGCCGAGCUGUAUUGACAAUUGUCAUUCCCUUGAGUCCACUUGUUGCGUGGAGAGUGGGUAUCUGCUGCAUUGGGCAAGAGCUGGUCUCCAUAAAUCACCACCCAGGCUAAGUAGCUAUAUUAGCGACGUCACUUUACAUAGAGCAAGUUUGUUUCGCAAGGCAAAGAAAGUCAAUAGGAGGAAGACUGAACCACUUCGCUUCGCGACAUGGAAUGUGAGAACCAUGUGUCCUUGAUUUGAAAUGGACCUUGAUCAGAUUGACAACGCAAGGAAGACUGCCGUCAUUGAUAAAGAACUCGCCAGACUGAACAUUGAUAUUGCAGGCCUUCAAGAGACCCGACUAGCGGAUAGUGGUACCAUCAAGGAAACCAGCUACACAUUCUACUGGCAGGGGAAACCCGCAGAUGAACCAAGACAGCAUGGUGUUGGAUUUGCCGUAAGAAACACAUUAUUGGCCUGUAUUGAACCUCCUUCUUUGGGAUCGGAGAGGAUUCUGUGACUGCGGAUGUCAUCAUCUGCUAGCAAGGUCAACGUAUUCAGUGUGUAUGCUCCAACUCUUCAUUCGACUCCAGAAGAGAAAGAUUUUUUUCUCUGAGACCCUGGACCAAGAAUUAUCAAGUGUUCCCAAAACCGAAGCAUUGUACAUUCUGGGAGACUUAAAUGCUAGGGUAGGAGCUGAUCAGGAAGCCUGGCCGUCAUGUCUUGGCUAUCAUGGAUUAGGAAGGAUUAAUACAAACGGACAACGUCUGCUGGAGCUGUGCUGCUCCCGUGAUCUCUGUGUUACAAAUACCUUCUUCAAAUGUAAACAAAUCCAAAAGGUGUCAAGGUGACACCCACGUUCCCGCCACUGGCACCAGCUAGACCUCGUCAUUACUAGGCGCUUGGAACUAGCUAGUGUACUUCACACACGUAGCUACCAUAGUGCGGACUGUGACACGGACUAUUCUCUAGUGGCAAGCAAGAUACGACUAUUGCCCAAAAAAUUGCAUAAUGCUAAAAAGACGUGUCGUCCACGAAUAAACAUCCUCUGCUCAAACAACCCAGAAAAAACGCAGCCAUUCUCAAAAGUGUUGCAGGACACCCUUGCUAAAGGAUCACAUGAUGGAACUAUUGACUCUAAGUGGAGUCAUUUACGAGAUGCUGUGUACGAUUCAGCCAUGUCCGCCUAUGGUAAAAUGGAGCAUAAAAAUAAUGACUGGUACGAGGCGCAUUGGAAUGUGAUGGAACCCGUAAUCGAGAGGAAGAGAAGAGCCCUACUUGCCUGUAGGGAUGCACCUUAUGCUAGUACACUGCAGGCUGUCAGAACUGCAAAAAAAUUAUCACAGCAGACGGCCCGCGAGUGACAAAACUGUUUAUGUAUUUUACCUUCUUAAGAGUAAAAUUAAUAGAUACAAUUGCUUUUUAAAUUGUUAAUAAAACACACACACAGUUUGCUUUGUAUAUUUUUACAUUUAAAAAGUUUUGCCUGUUUUGAUUCCAAAAAUAUACUAUUAUUAAAUUUAUAUAGUAAUAAAAACUAACCUUUAAAUAUAAUUCUACUAAUAAGAAAUACGGUUUAAGUCAAUCAGUGAAGUGCAACUCCAUAGCUAAAAAGCAUUGAAUAAUCCACUUAUACCUCAUACAAAUAAGAAUGAACCAUAUGAAGUGCUAAGAAUGUUAGUUUGGGUAUGGAAGGGACUACAUCCGGUGGAAGAUUUUCUAAAUUUAUUUAAAUCUGUGUGGGGCAGGGUUGGUCACUUUGCCCCAGGCAGAACAAGAUAUGUCUCAAAAUAAAGGAAUGAUUUUGAUUAAUAAUUAACUUUCUUGGGUACAUUAAUAUCGGAGGUAGGAAAUAGGAUGUGUACAUUUAUACGUGGAUGACAAUAUAUUUAAAUCCUAUGGUAUUACAUUUGUGUAAAAAGAGAUGCUACACUCUCUUUUUACAAAUAUGGGUAUGUUCAUUUUGUCCAAGGCAGCAAAAGAUACGUCUCAAAAUAAAGGAUUGAUUUUGAUAAAUAAUUAGCCUUUUUGGGUAAAUUCAUAUCGGAGGUAGGAAAUAGGAUGUGUACAUUUAUACAUGGAUUAUAUAUUUAAAUUGUGAAAAAAGAGAUGCUACAUUCUCCUUUUUCAAAUAUUGGUAUGGGGUCAUCCAUAAAAGACAUCCAAACAAAAGGGGGGAGGAGGGUUUAGCAAAAAGUGGACUAAAGUGGACAAAGGGGGUUUAGGACAAAGUGGAUGUCCACAUUGUAGUGUUUUUUUGAGUGCAGCAGUUUUGCAUAAAUUUACUGCAAAAAACUUCUAGUUUAAUGACAAAAUAGUUGGGAUGCAAACCCAAACAAUCUUUCACAAACUGAGUGGUUAAAUUUAGAAACGAUUUUUUCAAUAUUAAUAAUUAAUACGCUUGAAUAUUAUUUUAAAAAUAUGUUGUUAAAGUUUGAGUUGUCAAAUACAAUAUAAUCUCAAAUAACAGUUUUGCAUGCCUUUGUAUCUCUAUUGUCCAUCGGUGGCUGGGAGAAUUUCCAAGAGAAUAUGUUUUUGCAAUAAAUAUUUCCCAUCACAGGCGGCAAUGAAAAAACAUAAGGUCGUCCAUUGCAAUAUUCCUGCUAGUGAACAUAAUAUGGCAGACGAAUCAGACGUAGAGACUGCCACUCAAAUUGAUUUAGCAUUUGAAGACUCAAGAACAGAUGUUGUCAUUAUACGAAACAUGUUUGAAUGGCUGCAGUCCGAAUUUUCCAUUGAUUGAAGAAUGUUGGAUUAUUUGUUUAUUACAUUUUUUUUAAACAGUGAUUCAAUAAAAUGUUUUUGAACAGUUAUUAUUUUGUUGGAAUUUUGCCUCCAAAUAAUUGGAAUUUCACAAAAAACUCUUUUUAAAUACAUACUCUUUAUAUUGUUGUACAUUUUCCCAAAAUAUUCAUUAAUUUAAGUUCGGUAAAUUUUAUGUUUUGGAUGUCCACAACUGGGGGGAGGGGGGUGUCAAAUCAAAAGGGGGGAGGGGGGUAAAAAAAUAGCAAAACAUUGGUGGACGUCUUUUAUGGAUGGCCCCUAUGUUCAUUUUGCUAAUGGCAAUACAAGAUACGUCCCAAAAUAAAAGAAAUUAUUUUGAUUAAUAAUUAACCUUAUUAAUUUUAUGUGGAUGACAAUAUAUUUAAAUCUCAUGGUAUUUCAUUUGUGAAAAAAAGAGAUGUUAAAUUCUCUUUUUAUAAAGAAACAUAUGUUUACCAAUUAAGAAAAUCAAUGGCGUUAACAAAUCUUGGGAACUUUUAUGUAAGUAUAUCCAUGAAUCUCAAAACACAAUCAUUUUACACACUUGAAAAUUAAAUUUUGACAAAUGAAAAUGGGUUAAUAUUUUCUUUUUUUUAAAAAUGAAAAUAUAUUUUUGUUGUUACUUUGCAAAAAGUGAAGAGGUGUAUAUUUUUAUGAGAUUAACAAUUUAAUUUUUUAAAAAGACAGUCUAAUCCGAUAUAGGCAUGAAAAACAGUUGUUAGAUUAUUCUUAGAUAAAGAAUUCUUUGUUUUACGAUUUUCUGAUAAUGUAUAUUUUUUUUUAAAAAGGCAAAAAUAUGAGUACAUUUUUGAUGAAGAUAUCAACAUAUAUCGAAUUCCUGUAAUACAAAAUAUAUUUAUGGCAUAUAUAAAGUUUUUUUUGUAAAUUAAGAUUAGGUUUUUUAAAAAACAUAGGGCCCCUGGCUCAAAACUGAAUAUUUUAAAACGGUUGUAAUAAUUUAAGGACCUUUGCCGGCGAUUGCAGAUCAUCUCACUAAAGUUUUAUCUCAUUCUGAAAAAUGGUAUAGGUGCACAUACGGAAAUUAUAUUUACAAAGCUCAUAUAAGAAAAAAUAUGAAUGUGGGUCCAACGGCCAAAAUGGAAUAUUUUAAAAAUGUUGUAAUGACUCAGUAAAAUGCGGGGGCUUAUGGACAACAACUCACUUAGUUUUGUUGCAUUUGCAUGAAUGGUGUAGGAGUGCAUACGGUUUGAAAAUAUAUUUAUAUAGCUUAUAAUAGAAACAAACGAACAUAUGGCCCCAGGCUCAAAACAGAUUAUUUUAAAACGGUUGUAAGAAUUCUUAAAACUCUUAGGGCUUGCUCGCAAAAUCUCACCAAAGAUUUAUGGCAUUCGAAUAAAUGGCGUAGGAGCGCAUACGGAAAUUACUUUUUACAAAACUCGUAUAAGAAAAAAUACGAAUUUGGGGCCAACGGCCGAAAACGGAACACUUUAAAAGUGUUUUAAUGACUCAGUAAAAUGCGCAGGCUUAUGGACAACAAUUCACUAAAGUUUAUUUGCAAUCGUAUGGUGUAGGAGCCCAUCCUGUUUGAAAAUAUAUUUAUAUAGUUUAUAUAAGAAAAAACUAACAUAGAGCUCCUGGCUAAAAAGGAAUAUUUUAAAACAGUUGUAAUAAUUCAGAAACCUCUGUGGCCGUGCUUACAACAUCUCAACCAAAGUUUUAUCGCAAUCAGAUAAAUAGUGUAGGAGCGCAUACAUAAAUUAUUUUUUACAAAGCUCAUAUGAGAAAAAAAACGAAUUAAGGGCCAACGGCCGUGAACGGAACAUUUUUUAAGGGUUGUAGUGACUUGGAAAAAUGCUCUGGUUUGUGGAUAACAACAACUCACCAAAGUUUUGUUGCAAUCGUAUGUAUAGUGUAGUAGCGCAUACGAGACAUACAAACAUACAGACAUUCAUUUUUAUAUAUAUGGAUGAUAUGACUAGAUUCAUUUGAAGGGAUAGAUCCCCUUAUGUAAGUGACUAGCUUUGUUCAUCAAACUCUUUCAAUCUAGCGGGUUACCUUGGUUAAUGUAAUAAACACUCUUGAUUGUUUGCAGAGGGCUACCUCAGUUUGUAUUAAAGGUUUUUCUUAAUUUAUUUUAAGGAGUUCCUUCAUGUAGGGCUAUUUAAAUUCAUGCCAAUGGCUACCUUAAUGUAUAUAAACAGGCUAUAUUAUUUUAUGUUGAAGGCUAUCUCUUUCCUCAAGUCAACAUGUAUACAAUAUCACCAAAAGUAACAAUACUGAAACAUCUUGAAUAUGUAUAAGCAUUUUUCAAAGUUGCAUCGCUUCAACUUUCAUGUAUUCCCUGUAUUUGAAGAGGAGGAUAUGUUCUGCAGUUGGAGUUUAAAAUUGGCAUCUUGACGAAGGAAAGAGUAUUCAUAGUGGACCAUUAGUUUUGCUUGUGAUUUGGAACUGAGUUCAAGAUGUGGGAGUUUCAAAACUGUAGUUUUUAGGCAAAUUUUAGAACUGAACCUGUUUCCUAAACACUUCACCUUCACCAGUCCACAGUUUUUUUUUUCUAGGUUGUUGAACUUGACCUGUCCACUGUUGUUUUCUAGGUUGUUGAACUUGACCUGUCCACUGUUGUGCCCUGUUGCUCUGGUCCCAAGCGACCUCAUGACAAAGUACCUGUAACAGAAAUGAAAGAAGAUUUUAACAAAUGUCUGACAAACAAAGUUGGAUUUAAGGUAGAAUAAAAUUUCUCUAACAAAAAAUAUAAAUUAUAAUACUUCAACUAUAGAUUUAGGUCUUUAAGUAAAUGAGAUGAAGAAAGUUGUGAUGCCAGACUCACAUAGCCUGUAUUAUUCAUAUAGCCUGUAUCAUUCAUAUAGGUUGCAUAUGGUGUACACACUGAGGGGGUAGGAAGUUAAUCAUCAAAUUAGGACGUAUAAAAAAUGACUUGAUUUUAUUUUUCAGGGUUAUGCCAUAGCUCCAGAGAAACUGCUUACAACUGUUCCUUUUGUAUGUGAUGGCAAGGAAGAGACCAUUAAACAUGGAAGUGUUGUGAUAGCUGCUAUAACAAGUUGUACCAACACAAGCAAUCCAUCUGUUAUGUUAGGGGCAGGUAUGUCCAGAUAGCUGCUAUACUAACAAGCCAUCUGUUAUUUUAGAGGCAGAUAUGUCACAGUAGUCGCUAUAACAAGUUGCACCAAUUCUAUUAAUUGUAAUAAAGAUGGAAUGCCAUCGUUAAAGUGAAGUAAUCAUUUUGUUCGGUGGAUGGCAUGUAAUUAUAAUGGUGAAGGAAAAUCAUAGAUCUGUCGAUGGUAUGUCAAUUUUCUGGUGAUGAUAUUACAUUGUAAAGGUGUUAGUAUGUAAUUGUUCUGGUGACUGGUAAUGAUUAAAAAGACCUUAAUGCAGCCAUAUAUUUACACUAUUUUACAUAAAAUUGGUGUUUCUCCAUAUUAUAAUGUAAUCAUUUAUUUGAUGGAAGGCUCCAUAUUAUGUUGUCAUUUAUUUUACUGAAAGCUCAAUAUUAAAGUGUUGUUGUUAGGAUACCAUUAUAUUGUUUUUGCAAAUAUAUACUGUUUGAAGAUAUGGCUUGUUAGAUCAACAAUACAUAACAAAAGACUAUAACUCAGUCAAAACAAAGAAAAAUGGUACCAAAGCUAGGGAUAUUUACAAAAUAAUUUAAUUAUACUAUUAAAUUUAUAUAAAAAUAUAAAAUCAAAUAUACAGAAAUAAAAACUACAUUAAGGGGAGGUGCGGGUGAGAAAUUGGCAAAAAUGGCAAAUUUUGAGAAAUUUUUUAUUAUUGUUAAUUUGGUUUUAUUAAUUCUUUGUGAAAUUUUUAUAUUUGUUUUUACAAAAGUAAGUUAGAAAAUAUAAUAAAUGACAAGUUUCCUGACCCUAUCAAUCAGAAAAAUGUCAAAAUUGCCCCAUUUUUUUUAGUGUUUUUACCCCUUUGUUAUGAGUAUUUGGAAUUGCCCAAUCCCAAUAUAUUUGUUAGGAAAGAUGGUGAUUUCCGAAUCAAGAUAAAUACAUUUUAUCGUCAUAAAGAAAAUUACUAAAUUAGCUGAAGCUUUCGAUUGCCGCUAAUGUCUAGCAAAAUUUUGUAUCUUUCUUUCCUACUUCGUGUAUCACGUGAUCUAGCCCUGACCUUUGAACAAAAUGAGCAUUUUGAUUGGUUCCUGUGUAGGAAAUCUGUUUGUAAUAACUACUUCCAGUAUAAACAAGCCAUAUCUAUUUUCAUGAGGCCUACCGAUUUCGAUAUGUAAUUUGUCGCAAAUAAAAACAUUUGAGGAGUUAAAAAAACAACUAAAUAAGUAAAUAACCAAACAAAGUGAGUUGGCUUUGAUUAAUUGCCUUGAUAAACAUGAUUAAUUCUUCUCCAUUUUUGGAGAAGACUAAGACUGAGUACACUAAACUACUAAGACUAAAGACUCCUACUCCUAGUCGCUUCAAGUUCAAGCAUCGCUAUGCUACUUCACUAGCAGAAAGAAGAUAGAAAAAUACCAUGCCAAUAAUAAUGGUAAGUCUUAAAGAUCAAAUCUAUUUUUCCCUUAGAUUCAAAUUUAAAGUAUGGUAUCAAUUAUUCAUAAGGCUAAGGCUAAGCCUAUACUGUACUCACUAUAGACCAUUGAAUGAAGGCUAUGCUUAUACUUUUUUACUUUUUUAUUAUUUGUAGUAAACACCGUUAGUUUAGUGAUAGUUAACAUUUGUAAAAUUAAAACUUAUAAACAAUGUAUUGUAAUUGUGAUAUUUGACUUUCAUUGUCCUAUAUUUAUAGCUAUUAAAAUAGUAAUAUAUUAAAUUUCUAAUUUUUCUCAUUGUGGCACAAAUGACAUUGUCAUUAGUGUUAUUUUAUUCUAAAGUAAAAUAAGAGCCCUAACAAAUUUUGCUUGAAAUACUUGUCAACAAGUAUGACCUAUCGGUCAUUAAUGUCCUUACAGCCAUAUAUUUUUGUUGAUAAGCAUUUAAUAAAAAUAUCUAACGACAAGUUUAUUGUUUUCAGGAAUGAUUGAGGAGACGCGCAAUCGGUUUGCGGAACACAACAGAACACAACAUGCAUUAUAUUUCCUGUUGAUCAACCACACUGAUCUCUUGUGCCUUAAUCCAUUUAGCCCAAAUGACAAUUUGUACUUGAAAAAGGAGUGCCCUGAGUAUGUGUUCCAAUUGGUACAGAUUCAUCGUCACAUCAUAUGUUCGAUGCAUCGAAAUAAAAAUAACCUCAGGCAGAGGAUGCAAGAGAUUACUAAAACAGAUUACAUCACAAGGCUCAUUAUGUGUUAUACAAGGACAAAAAGAAUAAGACUGCAGUUGAAAGGAACAUAUCAAUAAUUCCCUUGUUUCAACAUUGUAUCUCUAUGCCAUGUGAUUUUCAACAUGAUUAGUGUUAAAUUUGAUACAGUAACAAAUUAUAUUUUACAAUGGAGUUAUUGCUCAUGAGUUUUCUGGUUCACACAAAAUACCUGUCAAUAUGCUUUUGAGAAAAAUGCAUGUUGAAACUGAAAUGAUUCAAAAGUUGUGAGAAAUCAGAAAAUUUACAACUGUCAAUAUUCAUUUCGUCAUUAGAAUUCAUAGAACUUACAAUUUUUUUUUACAAGACCAAGAGUUGCAUUUUCAGCAUACAUAGACAAUGUCUAAUAACUCUUUGGAAUUGCAUUUUACAUAGCUUAAUUUUAUGGUUUUGCACACUUUUAUAAUGCUGAAAUUCUCCAAAAAGCUUAAUUUUAUGGUUUUGCACACUUUUAUAAUGCUGAAAUUCUCCAAAAUAAGCAAAUUAUCAUUUUUUUGACAAAAACAGAAUAAUAGAUAAAAAUACAUCAUCCGCAGCGAAAAGUUAAGUGGUCAGGAAAAAAGACAAAAGGACCUGGAAAAGUAUAACAAAUGUCCACAAUAGGCUAAUAAACAGUUUUCAUUCCAAUCUGAAUAUAAAUUUAUUAUUUUUCAUUGAUAUUUUCAUUGUUUUUAUCGUUUUUCUUCAUUAUUUCAGUUUUCUUGUUUUCAAUAAUUUUGGUCACCAAUAUCCCUAAAACUUUUUUAUUUAUUAUCGAAACAAAUUUUCAGAGUAUGUUCAGUGACCAAUAAUAAACAUUUAAAUAACCUAGAAAUAAGAUAACUAUCUUAGAAAAGAAAAUAUGUAAAAAAGAAUUCACCCACACCCCUAUUUUUUUCAUAAAAAAUGGGGUCACAAUUAGUGACCCUGUUGAUUUAUUACAAGUCAUUACAUCAAAAAGUCCUGUUAAACAAAGUUUUAUUAUAGGUUAAAUUAAAUAAUCUAUGUUUAAAAUCUGAUGGCAAUAACUUAAUAUUUGUAAAAGCCUUAGUGUUUUAAAAAACACUUUUAAAAAUAAAAAGGGCGGAGGUUUUUUUGGGUUACAAAGGCAACCAAUGGAAUUUUUUUAAUUUAAAACCUGUUUUUGUACCUCCAUUACAAUACCAAAUAAGGUGUAGGUAAAAAAAAUCCUAUAUCAAGCCAAACAAAAUUUUUUAGAUUUUUCACCCACACCUCCCCUUAACUUACAGCACAGAAAGUGAAAAAGAAUAAUGCACAAAAGAUACAGAUAAUUACUACACACACACAAAGAGUAUACUAUAAGUAUAUUACAUUCCUUAAGUUUCAGAUCUAGGAAAUCUAUCAAAUCUAUUUUCUUGUUGGGAAAGCUCUAGGUUUAACCCUCGAACUGUGGCAUGCAUCAUUCUGUGGUGUGGAGCUUUUCAGAGCUUUUUGAGUGCCUUUUGAAAUUGCAUUAAAUGACUUGGAAAUAUUGAUGCAAGACCCCAAUAAUUAUAUAUUUUUAUAAAGGUAAAUGGAUGGGGAUAAAGUUGGCGAUAUUACCCACCCCGUAAAAAAAUGUUGCUCAAUGUCCUUGACCUUGGAGUUCUCAAGAAAAUAAAAAUCGACAAAAUGUCUUGCUUUCAAGUGCUCAUAACAUCAUUAAUUUUUAAUGUUGUAGCCAAUUCAUUUAUCUUUCAGAAAAUGUUUAGUUUGCUAAGGUUUUGAUUGCAAUUAAACCUCUGAAAGCAAUUUUAGUAAUUUUAGGUCAUUUAUAUAAGAAACGGGGACCACUGCUGAAACCAAGUGCAAAAUACAAAAUCUCAGGCAAAAUAGUUAUUAUUGACUAGUAAACAUUUAAAAAGGAACUGUGGAACUGAUUUGGGUUGUUAAACUAUAAAAUGUAUUAUUACUGAUCUGUAAUCUGUAGCUUCUGUGACUAAAAUUCAGUCAGUCCUUGCCCAACCUCCGGGCCUGGCUCGAAGUCAAACAGUAGCCUCAGUAGGCCCACUUCAGUAACACUAAGACUAGUAUCAGAUUCACGAAAAGAAGAAUCUGAAGUGAGAUGUCAUGGGGAAUGUUAAAAUCAUCAUCAGUAUCACUUAAAUCCUCUCCUAAAAAGCUUUAAAAAAUAUUUAAAUUAGUUCUCGCACUGAAGGCCCAGCCACAGCUUCCGUCAUUUUUGCUUUAAAAAAACAGCGAUAUAAAAUUCCGAUUAAAAAGUACUUAUUGUUAAGUUAUCAAGAAACAGGCGGAAGUUGGUUUAAUUAUUAAUAAAAGGAAAUGGCUAUGAUUUCUGUUAAAUAUUGGAUUGGAAGUUGCUAUCGGACCGUGUUUUUUAUCAGCCGAUUUUUUCGGCCACCACAGCACAGAACGAGAGCAUCGGCCGAUUUCGUGGGCCGACCACAGUUCGAGGGUUAAUUAUAGUGAGGGAGUUGGAAACCUCCAGAAAAGAAACUCUAGAAAUAGCAUUCUACAGAACACAUUUGAAUGUAAACAGCCUUUUCUCAUUCAAGGGAAGGGUGGGAAAUGAUGCAUCGCCACACAUAUAAUCAGUGAUGUCAAUAUGAAAACAAAAAAGUGGGAGGUAAGUGGUGGACGCUUUAGCUCUACAUUGAAAUAACCUUAGGUGAACACAGGCUAUAACAGUUGUCAAUUAUUUGACUGAAGAUCUUCAUAUUAUAAAUUAUUGUGUUCUUAUUUAUUUAACUAAAGGUCUCCUGGCCAAGAAGGCAGUGGAAGCAGGUCUUUCUGUGCCUGCUUACAUCAAGACAUCCUUGUCACCAGGCAGUGGAGUUGUCACGUAUUACCUGAGGGAGAGUGGAGUUACAACAUACUUGGAGAAACUGGGGUAAUAUUGGUCAUGUCAUUUCAAAUAUCUAGGGUAAAACAUAACUAGGGUAAUAUUUGUUACAUCACUUUUGUUAGUUGAAAUAAUGUUGGUAAUAUUGGUAAUUGUAACAUGAUAUUGGAUGUUAAUUUGCAGUUGAGUAAAUUGCGCUAUUUCAUGUCAGAGUAGUGAUACAUAGAUAUAAUUAUAGAUAGGAACUACAAGGAUAGCCAUAUUGUAUUGAAUGGAGAAAGCGUUUGGGAAGAUUUGGUCCAAUGUUAUUUUCUAAAAGAAAUGGAUGUAUUAUUACUGAACUUUAUUUAAUCAUCAUUUCAUUAAUCAUCAGAUGUAAACUUUAUUCUGUGUAUUGUGUCAACUAUUUCGUUUUCUAAGAAGCAACAAUGUCUAAUGUACACUACUCAGUACUUUAUUAUAUACGCUACAUAAAUCACAUGAUUCCUUAACAUCAGGAUAAUGUUAUAACAAUUAUAGUUGCCAUGCAGAGAAUAGAUAUACACAGGCAACAGGCCCUACAUGGAAUUAAUGGAAUCUAAUCCAAAAAUACUCGCUGUAGCUCUCACUGACUCUCUAGAUCCUUCGUCCACUCUGGGGCUCAAAUCGUUGUCUCCCCUUUUAUCCCCCAAAAUUUACACACCCGUCCAUGACUUGAAGAGAACACACUCGUCACAUAACCCAAUUGUCACUAAUCACAACACACACAGCUUCGCUGAUUCCAUGACCUUGACAAAAAAUAUAUGACAUAGUGUUAAAAUGAUUGAUAAAUGAAUUCUUGUACUUCAUAUUAUUACAGUUGUGAGAAAUAAUAAGUAGUUAACUUCUUCUAUAUUUUUAAGGCCCACGAUCAAUGUAUUGAUCAUUCUGGCUCCUAUGUUUCAGAGGGGCUCGCGAUGUAACUGUGCAUGGUUUUGAAAGGGAUACUUCACUGGUUGCAAGGGCUACUCAGCAGUGAUAUUAUAAACUGGGGGUUGGAAGACAGGAGGCAAAAGACUCAAAUUUGUUAAGUGUAGUCAUCUCAACUGUUUCUUUUGGAAGCUUGUUCCAGUCCCUUAUUGUCUUUGGCAUGAAUGAGAAGCUCCUGUACUGAGUUCUUGUUUUCAUGAGCUGUAACUGCCUGUCGUGGCCUCGUCGCUGUUUAGUGGGGAGAUGGACAAGUUUCUGUUUGAUGCUGGAGCAGUGGACCAGCCCAUUUUUUUAUCUUGAACAUCAUGGAGAGUCUGGAUAGUAGUCGUCGAUCCUCCAAUCUUAAUCAGUCCAAUAUUUCCAGCAUGCUGCCAUCAAUUGAGGUGUUUCUGUAGCGGUUCAGGACAAAGGGUACAGCUUGUCGCUGGAUCACUUCCAACCUGUUGAUGCUCUUCUUGGUGAAUGGGUCCCAGAAUGAAGAUGCCUACUAAAAGCGGCCGUACAAAAGCUUUAUAGGGUUCGUCUUUCAUGCUGGAGUUGCUGAUAUUGAAAUUUCACCUUAGGAACCCUAGGGUCUUGUUAGCCUGUUUGCACACAUUGUUAAUGUGCCAAGCGGACCUCUCUUUGAAUGGUAACAUUGAGGUACCUUACGGAGGAAACUGGCUCAAGAAUAGGGCCAUGUAAUUUGUGAGGGUGGUGUAGAGAGGAUCAGCAUCUGGAGAUUGACAGGGUCUGGCACUUGAGGGGAUGAAAUUCCAUGUCCCAGCUCAUCUUCCACUCAGCUAACCGAUGGAGGUCCUGUUGUAGCUGGUUCUGAUCAGAACUAUUGGCGAUUGUCCUAUACACCGACGUGUCUUCUGCGACCAGUCUUGCUGGAAGGUCAGCUUCACUGGCAGGUCAUUGAAUUAUGCUGUUUGUUCAGGGGCCUAGCACCGAGCCCUGGGGGACCCCUGACUUAACACCGAAAAAGGAGGUUAUGCCAUCUACCACAACUGCCUGGCAUCAGUUGCUGAGGAAGCUUGAGAUCCAUGUGUUGGUAGUGCCUUGGAUAAUAAUAAUAAGACGUCUUAUAUAGCGCGGUACUCCAGCCUAGAUCCCAUAUCUCUGAAGUUUCUGUAGUAGAAAACUAUGAUUGACAUGGUCAAAUGAUUUUGAGAAGUCCAUCACCAGCACAUCAGUUUGCUUGCUGUUCUCCAGAUUGAUCUUCUGCAAAUUCAAGGAGCUGGGUCUCACAUGAUCUAUUGACUCGGAAGCCAUAGUGGCAGUCAUUGAGUAUAUUGUGGCUUUCAAGAUUCUUUAUGACUGCGCUUAUGAUUAUGUGCUCCAACAGUUUGCAUACCACUGGUGAGGCGGUAGUUGGCAGGGUUAUAAUGCUCCCCUUUUUUGUAGAUUGGGGUGACAUGCACUGUUCUCCAGUCGGUCGGGACAUUGCCAAGCAUAGAAGAAAAUUGUCAGCGAGGGGGCAAUUUCAUCAGCCAAUUCUUUGAGCACUUGUGGUUUGAUGUUGUGAGGACCACAUGCCUUGUAGGGGUUAAUGGUUUUAAGGAGUGCCAUCACAUCCUGCUCUGAAAUCUGGAUAUCAUCCAUGACGGGUCAGCUCAACCUCGGAGUACUCUCUACCAUCACCUAAGAUAAACUGGAACUGGAAUUGUUAACCCCCUAACUGAUAUUCAUUGAGGUAUCCGCUCUGGUCACAACAACUUUUAACAGUAACAGAUAUAUCAGUAUAGGAAGAAAGUUUGUAAGGGGAGAGACAAUCAGGUUAGCAAUAUAGGAAAUUAGUAAAACAAAGUAAGGUUAAACCUGAAAAAAGGAACACAACAAAAAAACAAACGUUGCGGCAGGAAGCCUUGGUCAGCGAACAAACAGAAAAAACCGAUAUAAAAUUAAAAAAUAUCACUUAGCUGAGAAGUAGUAUCCAAGAGGGGAGCACAAUUCAGUUCCUUGUUAUGUUGCGUUUUUUUUUCAGGUUUAACUUUACUUUGUUUUACUAAUUUCCUAGGAGGAAAGUUACAACAGUAAUGUUGGUCAUGACAUUUUUUAAAAUAAUUAAUAUUCAUUUGAAGUGAUAUAAAUCUUUCUAAGACACCUGACUUGUUUAUCUAAGGUUCAACAUUGUUGGAUAUGGUUGUAUGACCUGUAUAGGCAACAGUGGACCAUUACCUGAUGAAGUAGCUGAGGCCAUAGAGAAGGUAAGCACACAAACAGAUUUCUUUACCUGAUGAAAUUGAGGUAACUAUGAGAAAAUGAACAUUUUGUGACAUGGACUAAUUAGCAACCAAUUUCCACAGCUAAAUGAAUUGUUCUUUAUGUAAAACAAAAAGUCUUUUUGUAUUUGAAAUGAUGGGAACCAUGAACAUCUUAACUGUAAAACAUGGGGGGAACCUGAACAUCUUAACUGAAACAUGAGGGCCCAUGAAAACUUCAUUUAUAAAACAUGAAGGCCCCUUAACAUCUCAGUUUGAACACAUGGGGGCUAUGAACAUCACAUUAGUUAAACACGAGGGCAUUAUUUUUUUUGUUUAAAAUGAUGGGCCCUCAACAUCUUAUUUUGAACACAUGGGGAGCCCAUAAACAUCUUAUUUGUAAAACAUGGGGGCCACUUAACAUCUCAAGUGUAGCAAAAUGUCCCAUGAAAACUCAAAUCUGGCACAGUUGAAAUGUGUGAACAUAACAUUUGAUUCAAUUAAUGCCACACCUAGUAACAUGUCAUUUUUGCAGUAUGACAUUUCAUUUAUGGAUCACACCAAAUAACAUAUCAUUUAUUGAUCAAACCAAGCAACAUGUCAUUUACGGAUCACACUAAGUACAACAUAACGAUCAUUUAUCUUUCUAAGGGAGACCUGGUGGUGUGUGGUGUACUGUCUGGAAACAGAAAUUUUGAAGGUCGAAUUCAUCCACUUACUCGAGCCAACUACCUAGCAUCACCUCUGCUGGUCAUAGCAUAUGCUUUGGCAGGAACAGUUGAUGUGGACUUUGAAACAGAUGCAUUAGGUCAGUAAUUUAUAUAUAUAUAUAUAACCGAAAUAAUAUAUAUAUAUAUUUUUUCUAUCAGCUGUUAAAAGUGCUUUGAAUUCUUAGAUUUUCUAACAGUCAAUAUGUGAAUCAAGCUUUGGGAAAACAUGAAAAAAAAAAGAUGUAACAAAACAGCAAACGUGACAGUAGCUGUGGGUUAUUCCGUUAAAUAUUUAUAGUUUGAAAUGCCACCGAUAACUUGUGCCACUUUACAUAACUUAUGCGAGGAUUGCAGGCCUGUUGACCCCAACCCUUGGCAGUAGUAAAUACGUUUGUAAGCCUAAGUCUAUGGCACUACAAUGAGCCUAAAAGAAUUAUGGUUACAGACAUUUUUAUUUUUAAAUCAUUUUUAUUUAAAUUUAAAAAUUCGGGUGGGUUUUCAGUAAAAAAAAAAAAAAAGAAAUAAUUUUUUUUAACCUUUGCUGCCAAUUAAUCCUAUGCUCAUUUUUGAACCGAACAAUCCAUCAUUUAUUAUUACUACUUCCUGUAGCGCUGAAAAUUUUGUCAGUGCGUCGAGAAAAAGAAGAAAAAACUAAACUGAUGACAAUUUACUACAAGUAGUGACAAAAAAGAAGACAAAGAUAGUUCCAAAUUGAAACUGUAAGGGAAUAUCUGUAUUGAACUUUCAUUUCAACUUUUGCACAUGCCUAUUUAAUAAACUAUUGUUUGCACAUGAGGGAAUAUUUGUAUCGAACGAUCAACUUUUGCACAUGACUAAUUAAAUAACUUUGCUGGCAUCCGUCCGUCACAAUCCACAUGGCCUGGGAAUAUACUUUAGGGAUUAUAAGCUGGUUCCCAACAGCAAAUCGCCUCUCUCCACGCCGCUGGGUAACCCAAGGGAACAUCAUUGGAUGAUACAACUUGGCGUCGGUGACGUCGCAGGAGUUGCCAGAAUGUUUCAUUGUAUGUUAUCCGCCUUUCGGGACUCCAUCUCCGGGUUUGAUUUCAGAGUUUCCUUCUCUUAGAUGAGUUGCCAAUCCAAGGUUAACGAGUCUCAUCUACCCGGGGUGCUUGACUGAGCUGUAACUGGAAUUGAACUCCAGACCACCAACUUGAGAUUUGCUCAGUUUAGACCAUUCGGCCACCCAGCACUAUAACUAUUGUUUACACAUUGCUUUAAAUGUUAUAAAUGAAUCUCUGAGAAAAUGCAAGGCCUAUCAGUUAAUGCAUACUUGUAGUAAACAUGAUUGUUUAUGGUUGUCCAUGACAAUGGCUUCACACUGCACUACAACUACUACAAAAGUGAAAAUGAGACAGUCAACUGGGAUCUUGACCCAAAUUCGGAUUUAAAUAUUGUAAAGCAUUAAAACUUAAACUAAUUAGGCUAGACCAGGGUUGGAGAACCUGAGCAUGUGGCCUUCUAGGUUUUCAAGUGCGGUCUUUUGACUUUAUAAUUUAAAAAAAAGAAAUCUGUUUAUUUUUAUUAACUUUUUAUGUACUGUCUGCUUAGCAUUAAGAAAUAACUAGAUUUUAAUGCAUUUUUCUGUGCAUAUAAAUUUAUAUUAUAAAUAAUUUACACCUUCCGACAACAUUACUAGAUAAAUUGGUAGUGGUCCGAUAGCUUGCAUAAAUGCUGCUUCCAAUUGCAACUUGACAAGUGCCCCAAAUCGGGGUUGGACUCUAGUCUUAAAGCUAUAUAUUUCUCCAACUAAUUACACAAUCACCCCUGCCCUCUAAGCCCACAAUUCUUCCCUGGAUUAAUCACUUUAUACAUGUAUAUUCUAAAUUGUAUCUGCUCUGCACACUGCUGUAUCCUUGAUAAUGUUGGACCUUUAGGCUAUGGCUAGACCUGGCUAUGAAUUAAUAUGAUUUGUCAUUUUAUCUCAGUGUGGAUACUGAUGACUGUGCUUUUUUAAAUAUCAUUUUAGUGAGUUUUAUUAUUUAGUUGACUGUGUGUGAAUACUUUAGAGAUUUGCAAUGCUCUCAACAAAACAAGAGCAUUCAUCAAGAAAAUGGCAGAACAAUAACAAACUUUUCUAGUUUCCAAGAUUAAGAUUGGCCCAUUUACUAUCUCGACUUUGAUUCCAAUGAAGUUUCUGAGAAGCAGACUUUAUCCUCAAGAGCACUGAAACGUCUUCUUGUACUGAAAUCCAGCCUACUAAGUGCUAUUGACAGAGCAUUGAGCUUCACGCACACUGACCUGAACUAGCUCAAAUCUGCUUAUCAAUCGAGCAUGUCUGUUCAAUCAGUGCCUUUUGAGCUUGUCUUAGACCCUUUCUCAUCCUAUCUAUUUAUUAGUGUAAAUAUUUGAUGUAUUAAAAUAACUCUUAUUUUUCAUGCAUUUGUAUUUUGUAUUGCCAUUAAUAAGAAUAUAAGCAGUGGUGUGGAUCCCCCACUCCUCAUUGACCAAACAACUCUUUUAGGCUUGAAACUAUAAUUUUGAGAGCUGAAAACUAUUCUGACACUAACCAAGGGGUAAACAGGUCUGCUAUUGAUUCUUGUCUUUUUCACCACUCCUCUUUAUGAUAUUUAGUGCUGGUCUCUCCUACUCAGUACCACCUUCUUUGUGAUAUUUAGUGCUGAUCUCUCAUACUCGGCACUACCCUUCUGUGGCAUUUAUUGUUGAUCCCUCCUUCUCAGUACCCAACCCUCCAUGACAUUUAGUGCUGAUCCCUCCUACAAAAUAAUUUGUGAUCAACAUGGAUUACUUCAAGUCAGUGGUUACCUAAUCUAAAUGAGCACAAGUUAUUAUUGUCACUAAGGGAGUGAAGUUUUAUGGUAUAUGAUGGCUCAUUUUUAAACUUGAGAAUACUUUUGUUUAAAUUUUUCUAGUUUAAAAUUUUGACUUGGUAAGAAUAUUUAUUUAUCCGUUUACUGAAAAUGAAUAUAUGCAAUUAAAUGAAACAUUUCCAUCAAUAAAAGAAUCUUAUCUUAUAAUUUUGAAUAUCAGCGCCCACCCCCCUCCUUUUUUCCCUUUUUAUAAAAAAAACUUAUAUCACAACCUCCUCCUUUUCCCUUGGACCUUUGAGAGUAUAUAAUCACGGUAAUGUGUAUUUUAGGCACAAGUCCUGAAGGCAAGCCCAUCUUCCUCAGAGAUAUCUGGCCUACAAGGGAAGAGAUUCAAGAUGUGGAGAAAGAAUUUGUUGUGCCAGCCAUGUUUCAGGAUGUUUAUUCUAGAAUAACAGUAAGUACAGGGGAGACAGGUUCUAAGACAAAUCGUAAGUCUAAGGUCAAUAGUAAGCCUUAUGCCAAUUGUAAUUCUUAGACCAAUAGUCAAUAGUUAGUCUUAAACCAAUAGUUAGUCUUAAGGCCUGCAGUGAGUCUUAUGGCCUGCAGUGAGUCGAAGGCCAACAGUAAGUCUAAGGCCAAUAGUAAGUCUAAGGCUAUCGUUAAUCUUUGUAAUAACUGGUUAACCACAACCUUCUGGUUCCACCAAACUUUCCUUCUUUCAGGACCAUGUGCCGCAUCACUGUUUGUUUCAUAGUAAAAAGUAUUGAUAUAUUUACACUCUUACUUUUGUUUUGGUUUCAUGUUUUAAUUUACCAACAAGAAGUAAAUUAAAUAACAAAUUGGGACAGUCAGAAUUAGUGGCAUAGGUUGGGGGAUGUAGACCGCACCGGAUGUCACCAUCUUAGGGGGUGACGCUAAAUUGAAAAAAUUCAUGUUUACAGAGCACACACUGCUUGGUCUAACCGAAUUUCAUGAAAUAAAAGGAUAACCGAUCACACUUAAAUUUUCUACAUUUGUAACCAAUCCAAAUGCAUUUUUAAUUAAAAGUUCUAGGUUGAUGCAUGAGAAAUAAGGGGACCCUAUAAUUAGGUCCGAAAAACACCAUUUUGACCAUGAUUCGAUGCGGAUUGAAGUGUUCUGUAACUUUUGCUAAGUGACAGGAAAGUUUAUGUUUACCUAAAAUCUGAGAAAUAAAGCUUUCCAUUGAUACCAAAUACGACGUGGUCAGGUGAUUCUAAUUAUUGAAUGAGUAAAAAUUAAAAACAUUAAAAAAAUGACAUUUUACCCAUUUAUAGGAUUAUCCAAAAAAAAUUCAAAAUUUUCUAAUAUCUUUUAAUAAUUAAUUUAAUUUUAAAAUCUUUUUUGUUAAAAAAAAUUUUUUCAAACUAAAUAUAUCGAAACCCAGAAAUACUAAAAAAUAAAUAUUUUCGCUUAUUCGUCACUAGCAAAUGCCCCUUAACAUUUGUUGUAUUUUUGAUAACGCGCUGACUGUGUUUUUUUUAACUGUCGUAAAUAAUUAUUUUGUUUAUUGUCUUGAACACGGCGCAAUAAAAGCAUUUUUAUUGUUCAAGAUUAUUCUUUCAUACCACACGGCAUGCACAAAUCUAAACAACCUGGUGGCUGCCAGCAGCAAAAAAGAAAAGAUGUGACUCACUAAAAUCACUAUAAGGAUGCUUCGAUAUAUCAAUAAACCAAUUGUUGGCCAGAGUUCACCAAAAGAUGUUCAUCAGCAUACCAUUGGUACUGUUUCUCCGAUACCAACAGCAUGCAUUCUAAAGAACAGGACUUAUUGCAGAAAAAGGAAGAGAUUGACGUGGAAACAUAAGUAAAAGACAUGGAUGGUUUGGAAACACAAAUGGGUGCUGAUAAUCGUCUUCUUCUUGUUGAUAAUUUUCUUCUUCUAUAUUUUGAGGGCCUACGAUCAAUGAGUUGAUCAUUCUGGCUCUUAUGUUUCAGUGGGGUUCCCGAUGUUACUGUGCAUGGUUUUCAAGGGGAUACUUCACUGGUGCAAGGGCUACUCAGCAGUGGUAUUAUGAACUGGGGGUUGGAAGACAGGAGGCAAUAGACACCAAUGUGUCGAGUGUGGUCGCCUCAACUAUUGCUUUUGGAAGCUUGUUCGAGUCCCUUAUUGUCUUUGACAGGAAUAAGAAGCUCCUGUACCGAGUUCUUGUUUUCAUGAGCCGUAACUGCCUGUCGUGGCCUCGUCGCUGUCUAGGGGGGCGAUAGACAAGUUUCUGUUUGAUGCUGGAGCAGUGGAUCAGCCCAUUUUUUAUCUUGUACAACAUGGUGAGCCUGGGUAGUCGUUUUCGUUCAUCCAAUGGUGUUUCUAGCGUUCAGGACAAGGAAGGACCAUUCAGCCAAGUGACAAGGCAACAUGCGAAAUUUAAAGGAGGUGUGCUCCAACUAAAAAAAAUAUGUUUCUACAGGAUGAUGCAAAUUGGUGAGAAAAUACUGUGGCCAUGGAUGGUUUAUUCACUCUUCAGUCAGAAUUUGUACCUUUUUCUGCAGAUUGUUUGCUGUUAAUGUUACAGAAACAACAUCUAAAUUUGUUACUGGGUUUGAUAAGUUGGGGAAACAGCCAAAUUUACAAAAUCAGGAGGCAUAGGAAGAGCACCUAUGUGUCUAAAAAAUGAAAAAUAUUAUCAGCAGGACUUAAGCUACAGAAAACAAUUAAAGCAGAAAGCAUUGCUGUGAUGGGCAGCGAGAAGAAAAAGUGGAGGUAUCCUGCACAGGUUUGUGUAUAUCAAAUUGUUUGUUGCAAAGCAGAAUCUGGCAUUUCGUGGCCACAACAAAAGUGAAUCUUCAUUAAAUUGAGAAAAAUUGAUUGUUAUUUUUGAGAUACUAUCUAAAAGAGCACUUAAUGACACUAAAGAGGAGUUCAUCUACCGUAUUUUUGUGCAUAUAAGACGCACUUAAUUAUAUGACGCACCCAUAUGUGACACAGGUUUUGGCAAUUUGUGUUUUUAAAAAAGUACAUAAGACCCACGUGGCCUUGCCAUCUGCCCCACUGAGCAAUUUAUAUCCAGUGGUUUCCUUUCCUUUAUCAUAAAUGAAAAAUUGUCCAUUGUUUCAUCAUCUAUCGGAUGUAAACAAGGCUUCAUUACCAUUUUUAUUUUACCAGUAGAUCAAAGCAUUGUCUGAGACAGGACCACAACGAUUAUUGUUUAUUCUUAUCUGGGCCAAUAGCGUUUGAGUUGAGUACCUGGUAUCUAGAUUCUAGAAAUAAUAAAUGCCAGAUGUAAAGGCGGCUAUACUGUUCGUUGGUGUUAAAAAAUAUUCACGCAUAUAAGACACACCAAAUUAUAAGACGCACCCAUAUUUAAGACACAGGUUUUGACGAUUUUUGUAAAAAAUAUUUUACAUAAGAUGUACCCAUAUAUAAGAUGCACCCUGGAUGCGAGGUAUGUUAAACUUUGUGUCUUAAAUGUGCCAAAAUAUGGUGCAGUAAAAGUUUCCGCAUCUUACCUUUCACCAGAAACAUGCAAAUCAUGUCAAGGAGAUUCUUAUCAUGGAUAGAAAGGCUGCAAGGUAUUUUGGAAUGAUGUUAGACAGUACACCUUAUAUAUCACACACUGACUAGACAUCUGAAGUGAUCAAAUGUAUGAAAAUCCACAAUGUGAAAGUUGAAGUGAGACAAGUCUUAGUGUUUCUUGGAUUUUUCCCUUUUAAUGUGCAAAAAAUGCUGAUGACCUCAGUUCUGACAUUCUUACAAAUCUAAAAUCUGAUGGACUAGACAUAUUGGUGUGCAGAGUUCAAGGUUACAAUAAAGCUGCCACAAUGUCUAGAAUCCAUGGCCAUUCUAAAAAGAAAUAAUAAGAAAUUGAUUUUAAUGGAUGUGUGGGCCAUUCACUUAACUUGUGUGGUCAACACUCUUUUGCCAAAAAUGCGUCAUGUAUUACAUUUUUCAGUACUCUUGAGUGAAUAUUUUCCUUCUUUGCUGCAUCCACUCAUCGAUGCGGUGUUUUAAUUGAACCCACUGGAAUGCCGGUGCAAGGACUGUCAAAAACACGGAGUGCUCACCAUGCUGUUGUUAAAAUAGUGAAAGAUAAUUUUGUUGAAUGUGUUGUGUCAAUUGAAGCUCUAUGUGAUCCUUUUGAUACAAGAGGUACAGCACAAGGUCUUUUAAAGUGGUUAUUAAAGAGAAGUGAUGUCACUUGGUGGAAAAUGCUAUUGAAAAGGCUCUUUUUAAAAUUAGACCAAUAUGGAAUUUCAGUAGAGAGAAGGAUAAGGUUUCAUAAGAGAAUGGCAGGAGAACAGUUAAUAGAUGCUGGACUCUCUGCGUGCUGCGUGAAGAAAACAGUAGGGAGAUCGCUUGCAUAAUGAACUCCAUAUCAGAUCAUCACUAAUCUAGGAAGUAACAGCUAUGCUUGGGGCUGUUGAACCCAAGAGUCUGCAAUCUGCAAGUGAAGAAGAGUGAAGAUGAACUUUUAAAAGAAAUACCAAGGCUUAGAAGACACCUAAAUGCAGCUGAUACUGAAUUUCACAAAGUUAUGGACUGGUGUUUGAUGUUUUGAUGCAAAGCUGAAUAGGAAUUCCUGGAAUCUCUUCCAAUACUCAGGCAUGUUGGUGGCUUGAUGUGAGUGGAGCUUUCCAUAACUAAGUCUUACCAAGAUUGAUUUAUGAUCCACCAUGGGACAGUCAAGGCUCUCUGAUCGAGCUCUACUUUCAAUUGAAAAUUAUGCAUUGAAGGAUAUUGAUUUUGAUCAAGUGAUUGACAAGUUUGCAGUUUUGAAAACAAAAAUUUUUAAUAAAGUAAAUUUUAUGUAAAAAUUACUACAAACGCUGUUACAGUUCUUAAAUAGAUUUACCUCCCGAGCUUCAAUUAGUUUUUGUUCUUGUGAUUGUCUUGCUGUGGACUUAUUUUAACAAGGAGAAAUCCAUCAUGGAAGUUUACUGUACCGGAUGACACCAACCCUAGCUACGCCACUGGUCAAAAUGUAAACAAAAUUGUAUCUUUUGUCAUAUCUAUCAUAUUUUGAGGGUUGUUAGAAAGUAAUUUUCAUGAAAACUUCAGAUAAGGUUACCAAAAGCAAACAUACUGUAAAUAAGUUGGAGAUAUUUUUUUUUCAAUUGCUGAUUUUUAAAAACAUUUUUAAUUAGGUGUAGAUGUGAUAAUAUAAAGUAUUAGAAGUGUAAAUAACAAUUAAAUGAUUUGGAAAUUCAAAGCUUGAAAAUAAGGUAGCACAUUUUUAUAAUUUUUGAAUGCUUUUCUCUUGUACAUAAUAAUUUAGCAAUAUUAACAAAAAUGUGUUUUAGAUUUAAAGAAAAUUAAUUUAUCUACAAAAUGGUAUAUAUUACUUAUAAAAAGUAUUAAGAAAACAUCAACUGAAUUUGUACCUAGACCUGCGUGUGAGAAAAUGUGACCUACACUAAAUUCAGCCACAUUUUUUUUUCAAUGCAGUAGCUAAUGAGUUAAGCUCUUGAAUAUAUUUUUUCUAGCAAGGAACCAAGCGAUGGAAUGCUUUAGAGGCACCAGAUUCAAGUCUAUACCCAUGGAAUGACAAGUCAACCUACAUCAAGUCACCUCCUUUCUUUGACACAAUGGUCAGUAUAUCAAGUCGCCUCCCUUCUUUGGCAUAAUGAUCAGCACAUCAAGUCACCUCCCUAGCAAUGGGACCCGGGUGGGAAUGGUGGCGAUGUGUGUCCGGGUUCGUUUUGACUAAAUGCUAUUCGGAUGUCAUUAUUUUAGUUAAACUGAAGAAAUAAGUUUACAAACAUAUAGUUUAUUCAAUUAUCUUUCAUUUGAUACCUCAUUUUGUCUUACAAACCCAACAAUAAUAUUUUAAAUAGUUUUUUUAUCCCAACCUCUCACUUCUGGUACCCGGGUACGAAUAGCCACUUCAUUACAUCAAAUCACCAAUCUCCCUUCUAUGACCAAAUGGUAGAUUGGACCCUCAGAAUCAUUAUAAUCAGAGAUACAGAUUUUUCAGACUGUGUUUUAAAAAGCCAUGCCUACCCAGUUGAAUAUUUUGGUCUUAAGAAUUAAAAUUAUAUCAGAAAGUCUGUACAUGAAAUGUGUUGCAAAUAGUUUCUGGCCAGUCAUAAUUAACUGAUCUGUGUCUUAUUAGACAGCAUAAAAUAUGAAUAUGUUGUAUAUAGCACAGUGUAAAAUAUGAACAUGUUGGUCUUUAGCACAGUGUGAAAUAUAAUAAAUGAAAUAGUUGAACAGGGUAUGUUGAAGCUUGAAAUGAAAAGACAUGACAAUAAAAUAUGAAGAUGUUUUCUAAAGCACUAUGUUAAUCAUUAAUUGACUUGUUACUUAUGGAUGUGUUGUAUUUAACAGGAAAAAGAUUUACCAGAUGUUAAACCAAUUAAAAAUGCUUCUGUUCUGCUUCACCUGGGUGACUCUAUAACCACAGACCACAUCUCACCUGCUGGAAGUAUAGCCAGGAACAGCCCAGCUGCCAAAUAUUUGGCCUUACAAGGGUUGGCAUACGAACUUAACAUUUUACUAGCACCACAUCUGAUGUGCAUAAACACUUGAUAUUCUAAUUAAUAAAGUCUAUAAAUUGUAUGCCAUUAUAAAUUUAGAAUAUAUAAUUUGUUAGGGGUGCCCACACUCCCAGGGGGUGCCUGUGGCAGUGUCUUGGGGUGUAAGAGGACCCAGAAAAUCAUGUUUAUUUGCAUUAUUAUUUUCAUUUUAAUAAUGGAGGGGAGGUAAUUAUAAGUUUAAAUAGAGAUGUGGGUGCGGGAAAUGUUUUGAAACCAAGAGGGGGUGGGACACUGCAAAAAUAUUAAGAACCCCUAUAGUGUAUUGUACCCUAAGAUUUAAAAGAUAUUUUUGAAAAGAAAGUCUCAUUUCAUGUACACUGAUGUUUACUGUUUAUUAUUUUGUCUAACUAAUAAUUUCAGACUUGUACCUCGUGAAUUUAAUUCUUACGGGUCCCGUAGAGGUCACGAUGAGGUCAUGGCUCGUGGAACAUUUGCCAACAUUCGUUUAGUCAACAAAUUCUUGAGCAAACCUGGACCUCGUACAGUUCACCAUCCAACUGGCGAGGAGGUAAUGUUCAAUUACUGUCAAAACAAGUUACUGUCCUUACUGAAUCAAAUAAUAGAUGCAGCUCUGUUUAAGGGGUCAUUCAUAAAGGAUGUAAUCCACACAAUGUAGGGGUCAUUCAUAAAGGAUAUCAGCCAAGCGAUGGUAAGGGGGAAUUUUUUCAAAUGCUAUGUUGAAAAAAAAUAAUUAUGCAUCAGGAUUUUGUAAUAAAAUUCAGUCUUCUAAUUCUCUUCAUGAACUUAAUUUGUGUAGAUGGACAUUUUUGAUGCUGCACAACGCUAUAAGGUUGAAGGUUGCCCAUUGGUCAUCUUAGCUGGUAAAGAAUAUGGAUCAGGAUCAUCACGUGACUGGGCUGCAAAAGGACCUUGGAUACUGGUGGGUCAAUACUUAUUAUUAUGAACUGUCCAAUUUACUUAUAUAAUAUAUCUGUCAUUUUGUCCUAGUUUCUAUCAUACCUCCAUCAUCUGUCAUUUUUAUAACUUCUCUUCUAAGCCCCAUCUUAUUAUAUGUGAUCUUUUCUUCUGUUUCAGGUCCCUAGUUUCUUUAUAAUGUGUAUUGAUGAAAUAUGUUUUGAUGUAAUGUGUUUAUAUAAUAUUAGGGGCCAUUCAUAUUUUAUGUGCUUAAAAAAGUCAACAUUUCAUAAAUCCCUCCCCUGAUGCACCCAUACAUUUUAGACAUUCCCUUUGCGAUGUAGGCAAUUUAAGGAAGUUACCAUAUCCCUGUUUUAAAGUACAUCACAGUUUUCUAUCUUUUUUUGAAACCAUUGUCAGUUUGGCAAAGCAAGUGUAAUUUUUGGUUCAAAAUAAUUGCCUUAAAAUUACACCACACACAAAGCAACAUACAAAGGCAAACUAACCCCUGCACACGUACACAAAAUAUCCUACAAUCAAUCAACAACCCUCUUUCUGCCUUAUUAUGUAUAUUAUAUAGGGAUGAUACCUUAUGUUUUUUUUAAUGUGUAUGAUUUUAUAUGUAUUAAUGUAAUUGUUUUUUAAUGGUGUGCUAUUCAGGGAGUACGAGUUGUUCUUGCAGAGAGCUAUGAACGUAUACAUCGUAGUAACCUGGUUGGUAUGGGUAUUGUUCCUUUGCAAUACUUGGAUGGACAGAAUGCACAGACUCUGGGUAUUACUGGGAGGGAGAAAUUUACAAUCAAUUUGUCUACUGAUCUAUUACCUGGACAGGUAGUUACUGUGGAGGUGAGUAGCUGAUAACAUAGACAAGUAGGUUCUGUGUAGGAGAGUGGAUAAUAACAUGCACAGGUAGUCACUCUGGAAGUGAGUAGAUAGUAACAUGUGGACAUGCAGUUACUGUGGAAGUGAGUAGGUGAUAACAUGGGCAGGUAGUUAACUGUGGAAGUGAGUAGAUGAUAACAUGGGCAGGUAGUUACUGGUGAAGUGAGUUGAAGCAAGGCGAUUUUUCUAGAGCUGCGCAGAAUUAGUCAUAUCAGACCUUUCUUAAUAUUAGACGCAUCGAAGAGGCUGAUGUCUGCAUUCGUGCUAUCACGUAUGGACUAUUGCAAUGCUCUUAUGGUGGGUCUUCCAGCUACGCUCCUGGAUAAAAUUAAAAAAGCCCAGAAUAAUGUGGCACGCAUUGUUCUUCGAAAACGCAAAUUCGACCAUGCUAAAACACUUCUGAGAUACUUGCAUUGGCUGCCGGUCCGCGCUCGCAUAGAGUACAAAAUUUCAACUCUGUGCUACCACUGCUUGCAUGACCUGGCACCAUCCUAUCUCAAAGCGCUACUUACGCCUUAUGUACCCACUAGACAACUCCGCUCAUCUGAUAGUGGCUAACUCUCGAUACCAAGUGUUCGUCUUGAGACUUACGAGGGGCGCACUUUCGCAUUUGCUGGCCCAACAAUUUGGAACACUCUUCCUAUCGCUAUCAGAAACAGCCAGACACUGGAGUCUUUCAAAACUGAUUUGAAGACUUAUCUUUUUCGCAAACACCUGCUGGGGUGAUGUUGUCUAUCUAGCAAUUAUCUUUUAGAUGUAUUUUGGCCUGUGUUGUUUAUGGUUGCAAGGUAUGAAAGACUUAGAAUGGGUAAUCUUGUAUGUAGUUUUGUAAUGUUGAAUUUUGUACUUCAAUGUACAUACCACGCUUGAGCCUUCGGGCAUGAAGCGUGAUUUUUAAAUAAUCUUUAUUAUUAUUACUAUUAUUAUUAUUUAUGUUAUUGUAGAAAUAGAAACCUUCAACCCUCCCUUUUUUGAUGUAUCAGUAAAAAAUACAAACAAAAUACUCCCUCCCCCAAAACAUAUUGUGUAAUAGUAAUAGGAAAAUAUGUGAACAUAUGGGAAGAUUCAUUAGAAAUAAAAUGUGCUUGCCUCCUUUGAACCAGCCAGACUGCUUGCCCACAGCACCCAUUCAUGUUUCAAAAUAGCUGUGUUUUUUUGGUUCUCCUUUUAAUGACUUGUUAGAGGGUUUUCAUCUAAUUUUCAUCAUUUUACAAGUCUUAUUGUCUAAAUAAGUAAGCAUCUUUGAAGAAUUGUUUUUAUUUUACAGUUAGAUGAUGGACGCAGCUUUGAGGCCAAACUGAGAUUUGACACUGAAGUGGACUUGACCUAUUUCCGGCAUGGAGGAAUUUUGAAUUACAUGAUUCGUAAAAUGCUGUAAUGUGAGCUGACUCAAAAAGAUCGUUUUUAUUCUUAUUCAAUCAGCUCAUUCAAUUUUUUAUAAGGCCAAAGAUAAACUUCCUGUAACUGUAUGUAAGGAUUUUAUUUAAUUCAUUCAUAAUAUAAUGUUCAUAGUUCAUUAUGUCAUGUGAUUAGCAUUAAGUCAUGUGAUAUUUUCUUAAACAAAUAAAUUGGAUACCAGGUACUAAAGGAAAGUAGUUAGAAAUUAGAAAUUGUAGUAGGUACAAUAAUACUGUGGGCACUGUCAUUAAAUUAAAUUGAAGAUUGUGGGCUGUCAUUAAAUUGAAGAUAGUGGGCUGUAAAAAUAUUGAAGAUCUGUGGGCUGUUAAGAAAUUGAAGAUGGUGGGCUGUCAUUAAAUUAAAGCUUGUGAGCUGUGAUUAAAGAUUGUCUGCCAUUAAACUGAAUAAUGAGGGCUGCCAUUAAAUUGAAGAUUCAAAACAACUUUUGUUCACUAUGUGGACCCCUUCAUCAAUGAUUUAUCUUAUGUAUAUGAGGUACAUGUAGGUGUCAAAAUGUUAAUGGAUAUUUAAAAAACAAAAUUUUUAAAGUUGUGUGUGUUACAGACUGUUGAAGAACUCAUUUGUUAAAGAAGACAUUUAUUAAAGUAGAUAUUUAUUUAAGAAGGUAUUAGUUAAAAUUAGUAUUUUUUUUUAUUAAAUGUAUUUUUCAAAUAAGGUGUUCAUAACAUUCUCUGUCCCUGCCAUGCAACUGUCACAGACUGCCUAGUUGAAAGAUUUCCUAUUUGAGUUGCAUGCUUUAGUAAAUUAAGAUAUCUUAUAAUAUUAGGGGCGGACACUUUAUGCCUAUGACUUGUGUAAGAUGGAUGGGUGCAUUGGCUGUUGGUUUGUGUUAGAUGAGUAUGGAGUGGGCAACAUUGUCUGUGCAACUUGUGUUAGAUGGGUGGGCAACAUUGGCUUUGACUUAUGUUAGGUGGGUAAACAGUGGGAAACAUUGGCUGGUGACUGUUGUUAGAUGGAGGGGAGUGGGCAGCUUUGGCUGUUGACUUAGAUAGGUGGGGGUGGGCAACAUCAGCACCUGUUUGUUUUUCAUGUUUUAUUUGACAUAAUUAAUGAAAUACACAAUCUUUUUUCUAUAAUCAGAUCUCCAGCAUGUGUUUAAAGAAUUAGAUUUUGAUGUUUGAACUCAGAUUAUGACUGCUGUGGAGUAGUGGAUCAGCAAUAAAAGCGACUGAAAGAUUUCACAA